GCUCCACUCGCGCUCCGAGCGGCUGCCUGAGCGCAUCCCUGAUCCACAUGAAGCGCGUACCGGCUACGCACAUGAAGCCGGACUGAUAGUGUACACAGCCCGGGAUCGUGACGCGCCAAUGACCGUCCGUGAUUUUUCUCCAUCUAUGACUUACACAUGCCUUCUACAGAGGAGAGGGGACGCUCCUUUCUCCAUUUUUUUUUUACUUUUCCAUUACUUUUCAUCAGUUUAAAUUGAAGUAAACCAAGGUAAGAUCAAUAAAAAGAUUUAUAAACUGCUGAAAGAGUUGUAUCAGCAUGCGCAAGUGUGAUAUUUAUCCGUCAGAUCAGAAGUUAGAAUCAUGUAGCUGAGUUCUUGAAAGCCUUUUUCUAGUCAGUUAGUGUUUCUGUGCGCGGCUUGUCCUCUCUCCUGCUCAUCCUGCAUAUUCAGCCAUUAUUCUCCACUUCGGUGCACCGAUCACCAUUCGGACACAGACACCUCUUUGUCAAGGAUCACUCUGUCAUGCUUGACUUGGCUUUUGGCGCUUGCAUCCAGGUCACAGGCGUCCAACUUGACGCAUGUCCAAACUUCCAGCAGAGGAGAACAAUCAGAAGCUCAAAGGUCUUUACAGAGCAUGUGAAACGUAAAAACUGCUUUAUGCGCACAUUGUUGGCGCUAAUUGUUCAUCCCCGUAGUCUUCAGGCUGCCGGUCUGAGUUUUCUCUGAGGGGGAGUAAAUCCGAACAGUUCGUGUGUGAGUGAGCCUCUCUUGGUGCUGAGGGGGAAGAGGGGCGUAGAUGCAGCAUGAUGGUCUCUAAGGACUGGGGUUAAAUCUGCCCGAGGAGGUCGGUGCAUGAUGAGCAGGAAUAAAAAGUUCAAAAGUACUUAUUUUCGGUCGACUUUCACCUAAAACAUGAUGUGAUUUAUCCAAACGUGCUGUGCAAAAUGCCUCUGAGCGUCCAUCGGGCUCUCCUGACAGUUUUCAUUUGAUCACGCUGGCUACUGAAGUGGAAUCUAUGAGAUGUGUCAAACUGUGGACAAUAUGCUCAGUGUAGCCUUAAAAAAUACACUCCCUGAUCAGGCAGUGGGUCUAAAUUUGUCAUUUCUGUACCUUUUCUCUGCUGCAAUCGGAAGCAAAAACCUCAUUACAUGAAAGUGAAAUAGAAAAUCAGAAAGGUCUUGUGUGGGUGCAGGUUUGUGAUUUCAUUGCUGCCUUUCCCCACGGGUUUAGAUAAUUCUUAAGGGGGCUAUAGUGAUGGAUUAUUCCCGUUAUUAGGUGUCUUAAAAGGUCAUUUUAAAGGAUUUAUGGGAUUCAUUUGGUGACAGCCAUAGCUGCACAAGGAAUCUUUUUUUGAACUCCAGGACAUCUGGAUAGUGUUGGUGUCCAGCCUAUUAGCAGCUUUUUUUUAGCGGGAUGAUAUCAGUGAGACUGGAGUGUGGUGUGAUAAUAAGGAGAGUGUGACAGAGGGGGAGCUCUGAUUUGACAGAGCGAGCUCUGCUCUGUUGUAUGCAUAAUUAGAGUUAGGUGUACAUGAGCUAAGAUUUGUGGCUUCACAGGAUGACUAGACUCCGAGCUAAACCCAAUAAUGGUAAUAACAAUGCUAAUUGUAAAGUUUCUUCUUGGAGCCCUUUAAAACAUAUGUUACAAAGUGCACACAAAACACAAAAGUCCAAAAAUAAUGUCAACAAUAAUGCAGGAACAGAAUAAGGUACACAACAAAAUCUCAAGAUAUGUUGGAUUUAAGAGAAACAACCACAGUAAUGAGUACAGUUUUGGUGAAAUUCAUGUCAAUUGAUUGUAUUUUCCUCUUUUAGUUCAUUACAAACAUCUAAUCAUAAGUAGAUAAAACCAUAUAUCCUUGAUUUUCAUUAUAAGUUAGUGUCAAUCUCAAUUUGGUGAUCUCUCCGCGGUGACAGUAACAGGUCUGGAUGACUUUGUAUGUUUCACUUAAGUGAGGUUCCUGUCAACGGUCACUCCCACGUUUCAGACAUUUUCUUUGACUCUGAAUGUCACAGAUACUGAUCAUUGGUCCAAAAUAGAUGCAACCUGCCACUCAGUCCUCUGUUGGUUCCCUUUCUGUUCAGGACUUGGUUGGUUGGUUUAUGACAGAAAACUUGUGAGCUCUGAGACAUUUGCAGUGGGGUUAAGUUUUACCUGGAGAUAACGCAGCACAUCAGCAGCGUAGCAGUAAAGUGAGAUUUAGUGAGCUUGUAAAGAAGGAUCUGCCAAGCACUUUGUAUCUAGUGUUGUCUUGUGCAGCUGCCAUUCCUGUGAUGGCUGUCCUAUGUUUGAAUGUGAUCAGACAUUUAUGACAUAGUUUAGAGUCUACCUACUGGCACUGGUUACAAAACUGGGAAAACUACAAACAUUUACAAUAUUCUUGAUCCUUUCUUUCUUUCUUUCUUUCUUUCUUUCUUUCUUUCUUUCUUUCUUUCUUUCUUUCUUUCUUUCUUUCUUUCUUUCUUUCCUUUACAUAUCUUAGUCGGUUUUAGGUAAUACGUCAGGAAGAAAAGUCUUGUUUUUUUUUUGCAAAAUCAACAAAAUUUCAGUUUGUCAAAGCUGUUAAAAAAAACUCCAGUGGUUCUUCCCACGUCCCUCACAUCAUUGUCAGUAAAGUACUUUACUAGUAAGUGAGUACUUAUCUUUGGCAGCAUGAGACACCACUGCAGUAAUGGCAACUUUUGGUAAUUUGUCAUAUUGGUUUAGAACUUGGAACAGAAUUAGUCCUGAUAUUGAUCCCUGUGGGACCUCACAAUUUAGAUAAGAGUGAGGUAAAACAUCAAAACUCAAAACAUCUUCAGUCAGGCAGUCAGUUUUCUUUCACCCGCCAUCUCAAGGCUUGUUUAUCUUAUGUUUUGGAUGAAGGAUCAUCUGACCAGUUGAUGUGCAUGUUUUAAUACUGAAGGAUGAUGAUAGAUUGAUAAGCGUCUUUGAGUACUUGCUGCACAGGUGUUUAUCUGGUUUUAUGAAACCGUUUAUGGUGCUGUCUCAGCCAGGACUCUGGAUAUUCCUAGAAAAAUCAGAUUAAAUAAGGAAAUACAAAUGCCUAAUUUUGUCUGGUUGUUAUUGUACAUGCGUCCUUUUUGUUAGCAGAACAUUGAUUUGGUGGACUUUUAACAACCCUUACUUUGUGUUUGUGUUGAUUUUUGUGCCCCCCUGUGGACAAAGCAUAUUUCUGACCUCUUCAUUUCUUUUUUUUUUUUUUGUGGAUUUGUAAGUUAUGAUCAACUGUACUGAUGAUUGAUGUUGUCACUAAUGAAGAAAGACACUAAAAGAAACUACAUCUGAUUCAGCCUCAAUAUUUUGUCAGCAAGCUCGGAACCCAGGAUUUUAUGACCCUCUCAAAAACUGAGCUUAUGGUACUCUGCCAUCAACCCAUCAAAGGUUUUGAAUGAGUGUUUUAACCACCUGCUGAGAGUGUUAUUCCCUUAUGGAUGGGAAAAAAUAGGAGCCUCUGGGAGCCCUUUUACACCUCCCUGGAUGGUAAUGAUUUCCAUUGAUCACCCAGAAUGACUGCAGGGAUCUGCACUUUGACACAGAGACACAUUUUACCAGCAUAUAUAUCGACUCAGACCCUGUGUGUGACGGCUCUGUGAGUGAGCAGAAAGUACUGUACCAACCACACUGCACUGACUCCUCUCUGGACAAAUCAAUCUCAUUAUGGAAGCAUUGGCAGCUGAUGAAAGAUGAACUUCCAUAGUGUUGGCGAUAGAAGUGUAGGCAAUACCCCAAGCUUAUGAAUGAAUAAUAGAGAAAGAGGAGAAGGAUGCAAUCAAAGCCUCCUUAAUCAGAUUUAAUCAGAUCAAUGUAAUCAGAUUUUUCUUCAGAGUAAAAUGUGUCUUUGUAUUUACAAACACCAGCCCUCAGUAUGUCUUUUAAAGCGAUGAUUCGGUUUAUUUGAAGUGGGGUUUUAUGAGGUACUGUCAAUAAUUAAUGCACUCCCCUCAGGGAUCCAGGUCAGCUCAGCCCCUUUGUUGAGAAAACCAGAAUACUGCAAAUUUGGCUGUCAGCUGCUGCAGACUGGGCCAUCUCUACCAUGCAAUGGAGCUCAUUUUUAAAGAACUCCAACUAAACACAUAUGUCUGAGUAAGUGUACAUGCCAUUUGAAACUGCGUUCAGUUAGUAAACUAUAGUUAGCUGUCAGAAAGCACAGAGGGACAUCUGUAUGAGUUUAUUGAGGAACAACAGGACUUAAAAGACUGAAGGAGAGGGGAGAAACAUCUGUGUUGACUUAAGGGCUGGAGAAAGUUACCAGGUGAUACAGGAGUGCAUGUACAUGCGCACAAAGCUUGGGCUUGUGCAACCAUUUGAGGGACUUGGUAACACUUAAGUACUUGAGUAGUGGUUCACUUACAGCUGCAGUCUGCAUCAUGCACCACUAGAGCUCCCUGUUGUUUUUAUGCUUUAUGCUUUUUUCCUACUUACUGAAAUUUCAGAAGGUCAAUCAGGUAAAAUCAAGCUGAAGCAAAUCUUCAAAGUAAGUUUUCAGUUCUCACAUUUUUUUUAAUUGCAUAAUGACACAACCCAUGGUUCACAAAAUAAGUAAACCAUAUCAAUUUACAACCUGUUAGCCAUUUUUCAAACUGAGUCAGUUCAUCCAAAUGACCAAAGAGGCCCUGAAGGAAGAGUGGCCUCAUUUUUAAAACCUCCUGUCUUUACUAGGGGAAGGCAGAGGCGGGCCACUCAGAGAGCGGCAGAUACCCAGAGUUUGAUAAGGGAGACAGUGGAGAUCAGAAAAGAUAUCAGACGAUGGUAAACUGGGAUGACAGGGCUUACAGCUUGUCAUAGACCCUAGGACUGUCAGACAAUAGGGUUACAGUUGACCUGCCGCUUCAGGUAGGAUGACCAAAUGUCAGAUCAUCUAAUGAGUCUUCUGAGGAAGGCUGAAGGAAACUGAAACCUGCUUGAGUGAAAGGUUUGAGUGAAACACACAGGUUAAGAAACAUUUAACCUUAAUGAACAGUCAGACCAAUGAACCUCAGGGACUGAACUGUUAGCUCUUAAAGGGGUAGUACUGAGCUGUCAUAAACUGUACAGACUUGGUGCUCAUACUGCGACUUCAAGGUGGUUAUAUAUAACAACAUACUGGGUUCAGUGCUCCAAUACAAAGGCGUAAUGAUGGCAGUUUGAGCGCUGUUGCAGAAUUGCAGUGUGCAUAAUGUUGAGUAUUUGUGGCUUAAAAUCAAAUCCAAUUGAAAUGCAAAAGUAUGGGGAAUCAAUAGCCUAGCAGCCCAGGUGCACCCCAUGUACAGGUUGUGGUCUUAGUUGCAGGAGAUGUGAUUCCCCCUCUCUACUUCCCACAUUGAGAAUUUCCCAGUUUGGGAUCAAUAAAGUACAUCUAUCUAUCUAUUUCCUGUCUCUCUUCAGCUGUCCUAUCUAAUAAAGGGAAACAUCCCACAGCCCCUGUGGUCAGUACACUUCCAAUUGACCUGUAUCUUAGACAACUGUUAUUAAUUUGAUAUGUAAGAUAGGUAGAAAGAAGGAUCUUGCACAGCUGAAUUUGUUCAAAGGAGGAUAAAACAUGUAUAAGUGCCCAAGCCUCAGUGGAAUUUAUUAGACCAAGGUAAAUCAAAUCCUCACAGUUUUACAAAGUUUCAGCCAGUUUGGGGACAGAUGAAAUGGAAAAUCAUUUAAUUCUCUCUUUCCAUGUUCACUAUAAGAUCAGAGAUAUUAGAUUUGAGUCUCAGAUGAAGGGGAGUUGGUAAAAUUGGGUUAAAUCCCACAGAUUCUGUUCAUUACAUCCAAAUAAAUCUAAUCCAGAGAGAAAUGUCCUUUAUCCUUCAGGGUGAACACAAAUCAAAUUUCAUGGUGGCGUUGGUCCUUCAUUGGCCUGAAAUGAGUCGUGCAUGUGCUUCAAGAGGAGGCGGCAAAUCGGUUUGGUCAUUUGCAGUGAUGUGAAGCUAAGAGUGUGCAUUAUUUCAGAAAUAAUUAGAGGCAUAUUCACCUCAGAUCCCUUAAACCCACAAAGACCACCCGGACAUGUCCACAGCUCUAUAAAUUAGUCAUUAAAUCUGCCAAGUUGGCCUCACAAUAAAGAGCUCCCUCAAUCCAUGCAGCCCCCGUUACUUCAAUUAGCCACCCGUACACCCUCUAUUAGCCUUCUCAUGUUUUAUUCACGCCUAUUUUUUAUCAUUUCGUUCAGAAGGAGGGAGCAGCAGUAAGCCUAUUGUGCUAUUUUAUCAACUGUGAGGUUCAUCACCGUUGGUUACGUACAGAUUUUCUCCACAAUAAUGGCUCCAGAUCCUCAUAAUCUCUGUGUAACCAUAAAGAAAGGAUUGUCAAACAGAAUAGGCUGAGGAAAUAUGAAGAAAUACUCAAGAUCAUCGGCGGAGGCAAGACUGUCAGCUCGACGAGUAACAAAUCAGUUUCUUAUGAUUUUCACCCGUGCUGCUGUUCUUACUGACACAUGAACAAUCAGGCAUGAUUAAGCACAGAGGUAAUCAGGUGUGAUCAGCAGUAUUCAAAACCACAGCAGUUGCACUGAUUCAAUGCUCGCUCUCACCUAAUUUCAUAGGUAGAUUCUGUCACAGCUGUUUAUUCAGUGUUGCCCCAGGGAGGAAUAUCCACUCAACAAUACGUGCACUUCAGGAGCAGCUGCCACACAUGGGUAUGCGGAUAUGUUUUGGGUCUUAUGUGCCAUCCACCUGCAGACAACAGUAAUUCUCUCAUUUCUCAGGGCACGCUGGCAGUAAAAACAGUUUACAACAUUUCCUGUUUACUUUCAAAGACCGUCCAUUAGGGAGAAGCUUUAAAGAUUCCUAAAAAAGAUCCAGUCUGUAGAAAAUCGCAUGUUUUGGACUUGAAUUUCUAAUCACUUACACCGGGUAUCUUGGCUAAAAAUAGAAAAAAAAAAUGUCUUCUAGUUUUUCUUAAAAUUUUAGUUUUCCUCCAUCCAACUUUAAUUUUUUUUAGAUUCACUUUUUAUCACUAAACUGCAACAGUUAACAGUAAUGAAUGCAGUCCAUUGUAAGAACAGUGGUGUCAGUAUUCAUAUAUAAGUCAAAAUAAGUAUAUGAUCAUGUAAAUUAAUAAACUGUUUUCUUUAUGUUAACUUAGAAUUUAACUUUUAUGUCCGCAGAAAGAGCAGGUGUGCUUCCCUGGAGGCUGCCAUCUUGCACCGCCACAUGUCAACAGCAGCAGAUAAAUAACGAGCCCUUUCGUUUUUAGCGGGCGGUAAAAAUGUGCAAGAGUUUAAAUUAAUAACACUUUUUAUGGUUAAUGGAGGAUCGCACCUUCAAUGUAUGACAGGAGAAUCUGGUCCUUAAGGCCACUAUCGCUUCACCGACAGGAGGGAGCAAGAGCAAGUUUUGAGAUCUGAUCUGUAGAAAUUACUAAAUAAUUCAGUUUCUUCAUACUGUAAUUUUAAAUGACUUUGCUGUCAAUAAUAGAAAGGAAUUCCUGUCAGAGAAGGUAAUUUAGUCACUCACGGAUGUCCAGUGAUCCCUCGUUAAUGCAACAGCAUUUGCACUUUUCAGGGGCUCCAGCUUUCUCUGUUUUAUACAGAUCUUGCAUCCCUGAAAGUUUUGCCCUGCUGGUACAGCAUUUGACUGCACUCUGCAUGUCAAAAAUGAGGAUAUCGCUCAGCCUUAGGCUUGGUUUAUGCUUCUGUAUCAAACCGUAGGUCUGUGUAGCUCUGCACCCUAUCACUUCUUCUUCAGCAGCUUUGUUGUCGGUCUCCCCUGAUAUUGCCCCCCUUUUUUCUCUGCAAUCAUUAAAGCAUGAUCAGCUGCUGCACAACAGUUAUCAGCCUCAACUCAAACACUGUGAUUCAGUCACCAUAGUUUCCUGUUCACAAAUAAUGAGGGAACAUAGCUGGACUGAGACACAGACAUCAAAAUACCGCAGAGAGUAUUACAGAGUGAGAUGGACUCUCCAAUGUUACUGUUCAUGGUCUGAUGCAGAGGAAUAAACCAGGCUUUGUAUGCUUGACUUGAAAGUGUUAACUCAAACUUUAAGCACUUUGGUGGUAUCUUGAUUCUGUUGGGCAUAAAGAUGCCGUUCAAAAGCACAGCUCUGUUAUUUUCCAUCAGCAGAAAAGCAAAAAGUUGCUGGAAUUGUGAUGGCUUACUUACAGUUUACCUAAAGAGACAGUAACAACAUAAAUGCAUUAAUCUUUGACUUCAGUCACAUCAGGUUUACUGCAUCAGAGCUGAAAGAAUCUGUGUUUUUUCCCUUAUUUUUGUAUUUAAAAAAAUGUAAAAAAAUCUAUGAAGGAAUUAAAUUAAAGCAAACUUUUACUAGAGUGCAUCUUUAAGUCCGGUCUACAUCACAGCAGAGUCGUUGAUGGAUUCUGGGUCAUUGAACUGGAGCAGUAAUUUGACUAUACAUGAACUGAGAAGACCUCUGAUUAUAGUCGAGUACGAAAAGGCUGAUAGAUUAUUAUUAUCAAUGGACUGGACUUAGAUUGCUCUGUCUCUCGUCUUUCAACCACUCAUCCAUUCACAUACUGAUAGAGUCUGCUGCCUGUCUUAUUAGGAUAUAAUCUCUUUUACACACUGAUAGCAGCUCUUGAGGUUCUUCUUCUUCUAGGAAUGACUAGACCGUCCUUUGUGAACAACUUGUUCUUUCCCUGAACAGCAAGUAACUCAGGGUAAACAGAAGUAAAACUCAGAGCUGCAAAAGGUUUUAGAUUAAAAUGACUUUUAAAACAGUAAAUAAUUAACUGUUUUCUAUCAUAACUGCGAAUCUAAUCUGUCAAAAUACAAGAUGGGUCUACAUAUCACAGACCGACUUACCAGGGAUUUCCACCAGAACAGCGGCGAUUUUCACCAUCCGCCAAUUCCUACUGUAUCCGUUUGUGAGGCGAAUUUCGUGGCGGAUUAUGGACAGCAGGAAUCGCGAGAACUCACAAGAACCCGUGGAUCUACGUGCAAUCGCAUGAUAUCAAGUUGUCUUUAGCCACAUAGGUUAACCAUAUAAGCGGUAGAUUGUGUCCUUCCAGAGGAGGAAAUCUACUUCUAAACUUCUAUAAUCAGCAUCUCCUUAUCCAUGGUGUCAUCGGGGUGACAUGCUGUCUAUAAACCUUUCACUUGUUUGUUUUGAAAAGAAGCCGGGUGUUUUAUUUUGUGUCUGUGCCAGACUUCCUUACUAGCACGGGCUAAUCUGUGUUGAAUUUAUCCGGCAUGCUCUAGUGUUUGGGAAAAAUUAAACUCUUGUGAUCAGCUGCAGAAUCCGGCGAUCCACAGCGAAAUGGAAAGAAGCUGGUGGAAAUUGACACAUUAACUUGAAUGGUUACGAUUAGCUACGAUCGGCGGAUACGGCCUUUUCGUAGCCAUGCGGUGGAAAUUGCCAGUCAGAGGAGUGUGAAAUUUUGUCACAUUACAGUGACUAUUUCACAGCUGAUACAAACUCUCUCUACCUCCAUGCAUCGUUCUACUGUUUGUAGAUUUUUCCAUGUUGCAUGUCAUUGUUACACGUUUAUCUCACUUUUGCACACUGACUCAGAAACUCCCGUUUGAGUUGGAUUUUUAGCGUUUUCUUGUAUUCCUCCAUUGUGCUCCCCAGUGUGCUGUGAGUGGUUUCUAAGAAAGAAGAUAUGGACAACCUUGGACACUUUUAUGCUGCCAGGAACAAUAACUCCACCAGUAUGGGUGGUCAUCUUUUUAAUAUAAGGUUACAUUUUUGACAUCCUGCAACAAACCUGGGGGCGAUCGGGAUUAUUAUACACCUUCAAUAUCUGUGGAUAAAACCAUCCUUUCUUCAGGGAAGGAUGGAUCCUGUAUUUUAGCUUUUUCAGUGAGAGAAAGAACUAUAAAAUCACUGUCACUAUUAAACGUUUCUGCUAAAAAACCCAGAUUGUGUGUGCAAAGGUUUUAACUUCUCGUUAAUUGUUCCUAAUCUUUAAACACCUCAGCACCACAUCCCUAUAGGUAUCAGGAUUCUGCAAAGACUGUGCAAAAGCCAGUCUUGUGGUCCCCUUCUUUAAAACAGCAUUAAAUGGUUAUUAGUCGAUUAUAUUGAUGACUUUGUAUUCCUGAUGUUAUGAUUUUAAUCAUAAAACAUGCUGACUUUAUUCUCGUAGUAUUUUGACUUGAUUUACUCAUGACUUUAUUCUGUAAACUUAACUUUUUGGGCAUUUUUGUUUUCUUUACUGUGGCCCUAAUGCCCUGUUGUAGAUACUAGUGUUGAAAUGGAGUUGGUAAAAUGUAUGGAUGUGCAUCCACUUGGAGCUCUUGUCAAUGAAAAAGUAAUGUAUUCUGAAAAAAUAAAAGCUCAGUCAGCUCUGCAUCUUUUGGCUUUUGAUGCCUUUGUUUGCAGGAUAGCAUGAUGGAUAGAUACAGCUGGAAAUUGCAAAGACAGAGGCAAAUGAUGUGUGUCGAAGGACGACCUGCUUGAUUUGAGUCCUGCUGACUAGGGCAUGCAAUUGCACAGCGCAGCUAAACUGACAUCCCUGAACUUGUUUUAUAGCCAAAACUAAACGUCAUGUUUCCAUUGCAAACCAUCAGAUGAUCAGACAUUAUGAUGACUCUCUGGUUUCUCUAGCAGCUGAAGUAUCCCAGCCUUACUCUUGUUUGAGGAUCUGUUGCUGAUUCUGCCGCCGUUCUUCCUUUUACCUCAGUUCUCCUCAACGAAGCACCUCUCCUCUCUGCCAUUCAAAGCAGUCUUGAAAAUGGUUAGCUUCAGUAGAUGAGGGCAGCUGAGGGGAAGCAUGCACUCAGUCAUCAUGAAGUUAAGAUAAAUCAUUGAACAUCAGAGAUUGAUGCAGAGGCAGAGAGAGAGCAAUGCUUCAUUUCAAUCAACAGUCACUCCUGAUUUUCAUCUCCACAGUGCAAAGGUUGAACUCAUUUCAGUGCAGCUCACUGUUGAGGCAAACUCCUAAAAAAGCACCCACUUUUCAGCCUCAGAUCUGUAACUUUCCCCUUUAAUUCAAGGCAGCAACUCCUGCCUGAUGGAUAGUGGUUGGCUUUAUUCCUCUAACCUUAAUUAAAAAUGUGUCACAUUGUCUGAGAUCUAAAUGAGCACUUACUUACUGUAUUAACUUGUCAAAGUAAUGAAACACACUGGGGAGCUGAGGCUGUCUGAUUUCUGAGAAGCAGUGGGACCACACGGAUGUCAUAAGAAUGAAUUAUAUACACAUAUACACAUAAAGACAAGCCAUGGGACUGAAUCAUACAUGUACUUAAAUAAUUACUUACAGCUCCAGCCUUAAGAUAGAGCACUAACAUACAUUACCAGAAAUGAGACAAAAGGUUUACAACGAUUAUACAAAUUCAUCUAAACGGUCUCCCUGUAUUAGCUUAGCAGGGGUUUGUAGAGUCUUAGUUUGUUGUUUGAGUUACAGUGCUAGCAAGGAAUAAUGGUAUUUACAUAUGAACAGUGAAUAACAAAACAGUAUUUUCUUUCUUUCUUUCUUUCUUUCUUGGUAUUUUGUGUUUGAUUAUGUGUAGUAAAAGACUAAUUUUGGGUUUUCCAUAUUUUUAAUGAAGUACACACCGUCUUAACAGCUACAGUUGUCCACCUGUCAAUCAAGAUAUAUAUUUGAACUGUAAUAACCCUUAGACAGAAUAACACACCCCCCCCCCCCCCAUUCAGGCUUUUUGCACCAGGCUGUAAAUGUGUUUGUUCUUGCUUUUAGAUUGUGUGUGUGUGUGUGAGCUUGAAAGUCAGCCUCAAGUGGACAUGAAAAGAACUGCAGUUUUCAGCACUUGCCUAUUGGCUCAACAGUAUUUCUCAAGACCAGAGGAUGCCUCUUUGUGGUGACUUAUCCAUUAAUAGCUUCUGGGUCCACUGUCACAACCUCCACGUGUGGAGGGUCAGAAGGGGCUUCAAAACCCACGUCUCUUAACAUAAUAAGGAACUAAAGAAACUUCAGUGUUUUUGUGACUUUCAGCAAAGUGGGAAUAUUAUACUAAUCACUUCUAUUCUUUGUGUGAAACAGUAGUCUUUAUCUCAGGGGCUUUUGUGCCAGUUUGGACACAAAUCAAAUGGAUUCAAGAAAAAGUAUUUGUGGUGUCUGUUUCCUGUUUGGUGGCAGUCCAGCCAGUUUAGGGAAUCUGCCUGUGAUGGUUUACUGGACUAAGAACAAUCAUCAUGUGAUCAAUCAUCAUGCUCAAGUGAAUUAUUUCUCUUUUGAUCAUCCUCUGUUGACAGUUUCAAAGUUAGUGGAUUAUAACCGUGUAUAAUUUGGUCCAUCAGUUGGAGAUUACAACUACAGGAUUUAAGAGAAAUUUUGUUACAUCAUUUCCUGUGAUUGAGAGUCUUCUCAGAACUUUUCAGAAAUACAGAAAAUAGAGAAUGUAAAAGAAUUCAUAGAGUACUCCUCCAGCAAUCUGUUUCUUAACCUGAAGGGUUUUAGGCAAGAUUACAGAAAGCUUUUUUCUGCUCUCUAAAAUAUGUACUUUUAUAAAGGUUUUUCAUUGAAAACUCAAGUUCUUGCAUCCUUGAACGACUGAGUCAGAAAAGUUUUGUCUGAGAACCAAAGAAGUCAGAAUAUUCCCACUCUCGAACAUGCUGAUUGUGCUUUCAGUUAAAAUGUGACAGAUUCAUCAUGAAGUCACGUAACUGUGUGUCUGUGUUUUCAGGUUUAAAAUGAAUGAAGGAUCGGAGAACAGCUCCUCUCAGCUGUUUUACAACUGGACGUUUUACAACUCCACCGAGGAGCCUGUCAUACCCAGGAACAACAUCACAUAUGUCGGAUUUUACCUGCAUCAGCCGUCCACGGCAGCCAUCUUCAUCGUGUCCUACCUGCUCAUCUUCCUCGUGUGCAUGGUGGGAAAUGGCGUGGUGUGUUUCAUCGUUCUAAGGAGCAAAAACAUGCGCACCGUCACCAAUUUGUUCAUCCUCAACCUCGCUGUGAGUGACCUGCUGGUCGGGAUUUUCUGCAUGCCCACCACACUUCUGGACAACAUAAUUACAGGUGAGCAGGACUCUAAUUACAGACCGUCAGUGUUGUUGUCUUGAGUGGGAGGUGGCGAUACGAAACCAAGCUGGUUGCAUGAUUGCAGAGGUUGUGACACUGGUUGACUAGUUGUUCCAACACUUAAGAAUGAAAUGUCUCCACAGUUCAUGACCAGAUUACUGUGAAAUCCAUCGGGCUCAACUGGUCGACUUGUUGGUCGAUGCGUGCUGAGUGGACCAAAAUUCUGAUUGUUCGACUCGAUUUUUUCUGCGUCAAUUGACAGUUUAUGGUUAAAUUCAUCAGAAGAAAUGUACCAAGUGCUAAUGGGAGUGUUUUCAGAGCACCCCCGUUUCACAGGUAACAGCCUGUCUCAGAACACCCCCUUGUUUUCACCAUUUUAGUUUCACCCAACACACUAGAGACUGGCUGGAGACAGGAGGAUUAAAGAACGUCCACGUUAAUCAACGCCAGGUAGUUUGCUGAACAUAAUAGUCGUGUUUAAUUGCCCUCUUGUGCUGAUAUCAGUAUAUUUACACCCCACUUAGCAGUGUUCCCCUGAGCCGAGUCAUCCCCUGCCGCAGAAGGGUUUUCUUGCCAGACCCCCCCACCCCCCACCCCCAACCCACCCACCCAUUAGUCAAUUUCAGGGUCAUUUCAGGGUUUUUGUCGACCAAGAAUUUCUUUGGUUGAUUACACCCCUAGAAAUCUAUCCUGCUGUACCUGAUCACCGGAGGAUGGUCCCUUAUGACUUUGGUGAUUACAUGAAAUUUCAUCUAAUACCAGUCUCAGGUUGAAUUUUCCACAUUGACAGAUAACUUAGAGACUACAACUUUUGGGUCAAAGUGAAAACCUUGGUGGAGACACUUCUACCCAGAGAGUUUCUGGUGCUACAUUCAGACUAAUAUUGAAGGUCUUAAAGGGUCAUCUUGACACUUGAUGACUGUGGAGUGGUAAUCACUGCUCUAGGCAUAAAAUCACCUGCUUGGAGCAGGUCAUGUCUGGGAUAUGACAUCCAAAUGCCUUAUCCUGAAGUUAUAUGAGCUGAGGGGAGGAGGAAGAGAGACCAGCAGGACCUAUGUUGCUUUAUUAUCUGCAUAUUGGGGAAAAAAGAAAAAAAAAACAUGUAAUAGUUUUGCUUUUCUGCGAUGUACACUGUGAUAUGAAUGAAGUGCAAUUUGGCUUUAUUUAGGGCAUGCCUGAGUUGGGUAAGCUGAAGCUGUUUGCAGGGUAGCUUAAAGGGAUAUUCCGGCGUAAAAUUAAUUUGGGGUCAAACACACCAUAACACAGAGUUAGACACCCCCUCGAGAGAUGAAUGUUGCAGACUGCUUGCUUCUCAGGUUAUACCAACUUUAGUAAUGACCGCAUGAUAGCAAUACAGAGCGGUCUGAAGAGCCACAAACAAACCUCGACCAAAACACCACUCUAUAGCCACAAAUAAUGCUCAGAACAGCACCUAACUUCAUCAACAUACAUAUGGGGUCCCAGCCACAGAACUAGCCACCAAACAUUUUUUUAACUUUGCCGAAUUUCUUUAGCAAAGAGACUAAACACAACUCACCAACUCUCUUCCAGCAGCUGCUUGUUUGUAGCAAGACCUCAGGCCAGUCCCUUACGGUCUGCUUCAGGGUGACGCCGCUCAAGGAAGAACAUUUAUGAUAAUUUCUUCGUGGAAAUGCAAUCAGACCGAGACUCUAAGGCAGAAGACCGACCGCGUCUGCAGUGCAAAAUGAUUAAUAUGGUGAUUAUUACUUUAAGGAAAUGAUAAAGAAAUGAACUCGGUGUUACGGUGUGUUUGACCCUAAAUUAAUUUUACUCUGGAAUAUCCCUUUAAGGUCUGUCUAAGCUGCACUUCUUUGCAUGUUUUUUGACCAAUUGGCAACUGUGCUGUAAAGUCUCCCCAUAAAACAAUGGCUGAGUGCAGAGACCAUGUUUUCCUGUCAUUGGUGCCGCCCUUGGGCCUGUAUUUACACUCACUAAUGACCAAAACAGAUUUAUGAUUUCAGCAUGGUUGCAUCUGUUUUCCACCUCCAACCUGUGGUUUUGUUUUCUGGUGUUUACUGAAGAGUUACAGCACCACAGAGCUGCCGGUCCUGUUAAUCCAAAGAUUAACAUUCAUGCCUAAGCUUUUCUUAAUGAUGUCAUUGAAAUUCACUGUAGGGGUUUCUUUGUUUGUCAGUUUGGGUAGUAAGGCUCAAUGAGGUGUACUCUAAGGCCUAGAUAACAUGAAUCUUGUGAUGCUCAUUGAGUGAUUUUUUUUUGCAAACAUCCGGUGGCGAUCAGAAGAAAAAACAAAGCUCAGGAGAGCUGACACAGAUUUUUCAUGGAGGUGGUAGUUUUGCUGCACCCAUGAGUUAAAGCAGAGUGUUAAACAUACUGUUUGUUGCUCUCUAUGACACAAAUCUCAGGUGAGGAUGUCUGAAGUAGCUUCAGAGCUCUCCUCGGGGAGGGCUGAUCUCGUCACUUUAAUACAAACCAGACAUAUUGAUAUUGGUGAGUAAAAUAGAGCCUGCAAGCACGGCGCUUGUUGACCAAAACAAUGCUGAAUGAAUAACAAAAGAAUUUGUCGUGAAUGCAGCGAGUUUGAAUUAAUCAAGUCGCCUCAUUCAUCACCAGAAAAUAAUUAAGAGGCACUAAAAUGUUUAAUUAGACGGUUACGCACCAAUAUUUUCUCCUUCAUACUAGCAGCAGAACAACGUGAUCGCUCAUUACUAUCUAAAUCAGCAGCAUUUCAGACCUUGUCAUGGAGGUUAGGGGAAAUCCAGCUGGCAAAGAGCUUUAUGAUUAAAUCCCAGACGAUGAUGCAACCCAGAAUUAAAUCCUGAGACAUUAUGAGCAGAUUGCACCCACCAGAACAAAAAGAAGAUUGAGAAGUUAUGGGUUUUGUGGUAGAUUAUCACAUUCAAAAGUUUUCCAAAGUUGAAGCUGUUUGGAAGAUGAUAAAUUAUCCCUGGUAGAUUAAAGAAGAGGGCGUGAAAACAUCUGCUGUCAAAAGAAAAUGCCAUUUAUUUGAGUAAAGAGUGAGGAAAAGUUUGCAUGCAUGAACUAAGUGUAAAAGUUUGGAAUAAAAACUUCCUGCCAAAGUGAAACUUAAGGUAGAGAUCCUGGAGGAGAUGUCUUCAAAUGAUGUAUUACCCCCACUUUGGGGACACCUGGGCAGACCCCCAAAGUAUAUUAUUGGCUGCUCAAUAUUUACAAGAUCCCAACCUUUGAUUUAGACGGUUCCUCAUCACUCUCUGCCUCUCACUUUCUGUUAACGUUCAGAGUAUGAAGUCCAGCCCUCAAGAAAGGAUGAGGUCCAAAUACCAGCACAGGGAAUGAAGUUUGUCCCAGCAGGAGCCUUUAUCAUGGAAAUAAUCAGCAGGUCAGGAUGGCUCGGCACAGCAGGCCUCAUCUGAAACAUCAUUUUACAUAGUAGCUCGCAGAAUAAAUUGAUCAUAAGGGAACAGGUUGAUUGAGGAAGCAGAAAAGCAGUAGUAAGAAGAUCAUUGAUUUAAGUAUGUUUUUUAUUAGAUUGUAAGAAUCUAUGAUAUGAAGAGGUGAACGCCUGGAGAUCGGUUCUGAGGGAUGGAGAGUUUGAGGUACUUGUAAAAAAGAGGGACUUGAACCAACAGCUGGAGACAAAAAUCUAAGUUGAACAGGGCGUCUGUAAAUGUUAAAAAAAGGAUGCUGCAGUGGUGAACCUAUAAAGUUGUAAUUUAAGACACAGUUUAAGACGUAUGUUCAGGCUUUUUGCUCUCAUUUAGAGAGGACAGGACAGUGGACAGAAUGGGGAAACAAGGAGAAAGUGUAAAAAAGGAGCAACAGACUAGAGGCCGCCCGAGACGUAACCUUUUAAUUUAGGGUGUACUUGGACCGGCGUGCCCCAGCAUUCGGUGUUUCAGUCAACAUCACAGACCCUUUGAGGGCAGGAUGAUCUAUUCUCUUCUGUUUGUGUUGUGGGCAUUCAAAAACCUGCAGGUCUGUGCGUCUCUGCUCACAGCCUGAUCCUUGCAAUGACCUACGAUAGGUCUGAGCUACAUAAACUCAAAGUAGAGACGACACCGAGCCCAGGGGAGGCUUUCACUUUGGCUGCACUCAAAAAACUAAUCUGGAGGUCAAGCCAGGUUUCUCUGGCCCUAUAUCAGUAUGGGGAUCACAUUCCUGCAAGAUAAACUUGUGGAAACUUUCGGUGCCUUCCAGUGCCCAUGAACCCUUGAACAGUGAGAGGGUCCUGCCUCCCCCGGUAGUUAAAAAGCAGUCAGCACAAUCUGUCCGCUCAAUCUUAACUGCACUUUGAAAAGUUUUACCUUAUUCAGUCCUUUAGGGGACGCUGAUUAUGCACCAACCGUCUUGUCUCUUUUUAGUCUGUUAGUACUACAUUCACAAUGGGGUUCCAGCAUCACACCCAGAGAUGCCCCUGCAGCUGAACUGAAUUUCUGGCCUUGGCGGUGCACAGACUGUCUUGUCUGGCUCAUCACUUCCCUGCUGAGAGCACAGACUGAGUGACAUCCUUUGCUUUCACAUUCAAGCAUUAGAAGUAUAAAACUGCUACGGAACAAAUGUUCUCUGCUCGAACUGGUUCACAAGCACCCAGGAUGCAGCUCCGGCUCCUGUGGUGUUGAUGUUGCACCCCACUGGGCAUCCGUUCAUUCUUACUGGAAACAGACUGUGACCAUAUUUGUAGAUUGCCUUUUAACAAAGUUGGCAGUCCAGAAAAGACUGUUCAAACAAAGUCCCUCACAGGAUCAUGUAACAACAGACUCUAAUGUCUUACCACAGUUAUGCACAUGCCUCUCUCUUCCAGCACAUCCAAACUGUAUUGUUAGGAAUUUGGAAUUGCUUUGACUACAAGGGACAACCUUGUUUUUUUUUUACCAAAUAUGCCAGGAAUUUUAAGCAAUUGUUAAAAGUGCUGAAUGGUUGCUGUCUGCAGAAAGUUAUUUGGUAGAAGAAGUCACUUGCAUGCCGCAGAAUUAAUCGCUAAAAGAAAAAAAGUCACUUUGCAUUGGAUAUAGGCAAUCUGUAUUGUUAGAUAACAUCCGGGUCACAGGAAAUAUUUGCUCUAGUGUAAUUUCCUUAGGUGUCUCACUCUCUGUUUAUAAAAUAAUAAAAAAGGAUUGUGUCCUGAUACUUAUAAAACACCUCAAAGCGUUCUCCAAUAUGGAAACAAUGAACAUAAAUCCAAAUACCCACCAGUAUUUUUUAUAUUCAGUUGAACAAGUCCUUGCCCCCUUGAUAAGGAGUGGAUCAAUUUAGAUUUAAACCCUGGCCUCUGCAAUUGAAACACACAGAGAUCCUCAAAAAGUUUGUAAUAAAGAGCUUUUCUGUUGAAAAGCAUCUAAAAUGAAUGUAUGCCUGCUUAAAAAGUGUAAUGUUUUUCCAAAUGCUGUAAGACAAUUCUCACAGUCCAAAAAAUCAAAUUAUUGAGUUAGUCCAACUGAAACUGGACUUUAUAAUUCACAGAAACACGCAGAGUAAGUCUGUCUGAAAUUGCCUUAAAAUGAACUUGUCAUAGUUGGACUAACUCUCCGAGCAGUCCGGGAUCGCCUCUCUCUUGCACUUACUCCUUAAACAGACUGAAACUGGCCAGGGCAUUCUGUGCAUGCUUCAUAGUUUGCAUGGGCUUUAACCAGAGUUGUUUGGCAUUGAUGCAUUGCUCAUUCAUUUCUGGUGGUGGAAGCUGCCAUCUUGGCUGUUGAUAAAUAUGCUGAAGUGGUGCUCCUGUGCUGUCAUCUUAUCAAACCCAGACCAUUUUUUGAAAGGGCUGUGAUUGGAUCAGUAUACCUGGCACAGAGGGGGAAUACAGUAUUUAAGAGUGGCAGCAGCUCCAGACCCACCUGCCAGUGGAAAUGAAUAUAAGCAGGCUGAUGGGUUUGGCAAUGCAAGACGGCACUCUUGGUGCUUUAUGGACCAGAAUGUAGGGUGAAAAUGGACUCACUUCGACUAAAUAGCAGCUCUGAGAGGUAAUGCCACCAGCUAAAAAGAAAAAUACAAAAUCAAACCAACAUAUUCUCCUCGGUGUAGACAUAAGGCAACAAAAAGACUAGUGCAUGCAGACAGUUAAGUGGAUCAUCAGCCCAGUGAGGUUGAAUUGGACUUGACAUUUAAAGCAGACAAAGCAACAUGAACUUUACUGUAACCUCUGUUUUAUCAGUAAUUGUUUCACACAAUGGAAUUGGCUUUUUAGCUUGUUUUUAUACUUGAAUGUUGAUGCUUCAGCUUGAACAUCACAUUUUCUCUGUCACAGUACAAACUUCAUUAUAAUGUCAAUGAGUGUUGUUUAAUCAGUCAAUGUUUUUCAUUUAUGAAACCCUUUGCACAAACAGCAAACUAAAAAGCAUUCAUAUUCCUCUGAGCAAUGUCUGGAUGUUUUUAUAUUCAGGCUCAGUCAUGGCCAAUUCGUCAGCUCAAAUCAAACGCAGCAUGUGCCGCUUUGAGGUCCCCAAGGUGCCAGAACUCAUCGGGGCAGAAACUGUAAAAAGGAAUCAGACAGAGGCAUCGAUCUGUCAAACGUUUCCUACUGGGCAGGGGUUUUAUAAACACACAGCAGGCUUUAAUAGGGGGAAGGAUAUGAAGAAAUAUCUGAUCUGAUACAAUUUUAAAAAUAAAGACCAGAUUUGCACAGAAGCUUGUGUUGGUUUUCACAGAGCUUUAUUUACUCUCUUGGCUCUUUUCUCACAAGUAUGAACAAAACUGAAAAAUUAAACACUGAACAGACUAUGGAUGAUAGAAAUGAAGGAUGAAAUAAAAACCAUUCACAUUUGCAAUUUAUGCAAAAGCAGAAGCUUUUGGCUGUACUUACAGGAAAAGUUUGAUGGAAAAUAAACAAAAGGUGAAACAGUAUGCUGUACUUCUUUGAAAUUAUAAUUGAGUUUCCAUUCAGACAAGGAAGAACACAAUGUGAAACUACCCUGAGAGUGACAGUGAAACAGACAUCAGAUGGGAAAUACAAAGAGAAAAGCUCUAUAACAUGAAAGCAUGUAUGAUCAAUGUAGUUCUUGUUUAAACUCAUGUUUUAUCUCCAUCGCUGCACUCACAGCAGGUGGCUUUGAACAAAUGCGUCUGCAAUAUUACAAAGAUGUAAUCAAAUGCAAUGCACAGCUAGACAAUAGCCAACCUGUUCUCCGUGUCUUUAGAAGCUGUGGUUUUGUUUAGUCUUUGAGUUUUUGUACUCAGUUCUAGAUACAGUUUGAAUCUGUGCGACACCAAAGACUUCUUCAUUCACCCAUCAUGAACAGUUUUGGCAUGCAGUGAAAGUGUCAAUGUUACUCUCUGUUUAUCGCACUAGUUGGUUUUACAUGCAGCACCAUUGAUGUGUAAAUAAAUGAAGUCGCAUCAAUGUCAGUGCCCAGAGGUGUGUUGUCCUAUUUUUUUAAUGUCAUAUUAAUGAACAUAGAUAUAUUAAUGUGCCAGAGGCUAACUGCCAUCUGCAGUCUCAGCAAGUUGAUGGUUUAACAUACAAAUAUACAUACAGACAUGUACAUGGAAUAAAAUGAAACUGAAAGCACACAGAACUUGGCGAGGACCAACGCUCAAAAGAAAAUGUGUUUUCUGGUGCGAAGACAUUUGUGUUUAUUAGGCCAGAGGGACUGGAGAAGGCGAUAUUUUCCUCAUCAUACAGUUUAGUGCUGGUUCCAAAUUGCCGGUAUAAGGAUUCCUUUAUCAUAAUCUCCUUACACACCAGCUUCACUUCAACCUUGCGCAGGCCCAACACUCAAGACCAAGACCAUCACCAUGCUCUCCAUCAUGCGCAGAAACAGACAAACACAGGCAUGAUCGCAAUGAACUGAAGGAUGGACCGGGUCCACAAGAAGAAAACGAAUUAGAACAGAAGAACAAAAAAAAAAAAAGCAAAAAGGGAAUAUGAUUGAGUGAGGGCAAAAACGAGGAUAAACAUUGGUAAGUCCUUCAUGGGGUUCAAGUCGGAUUCUGAGUUUUGCCCUAUUCCUCCUAGACAGGUAAUGUAAACUGUGCUUUUUACACUGCUGGUUAUUGAUAUGAAGAUAUAACAUUACCAAGGAAAGCUGACAACUUUAGCUUUAUAUACUAAUCUACAGCAGAGUUAUCUAAUCUGUUUGUUGUAGGUUUAAUGUUAUGAAUGGGACUUAACUGUAGUCUUAAAAUACAAGUCACAGUAAAACAUUUACUUAAUUUCACCGGUGGCAUAUUAUAUUUUAUAGAAACUACGCAUUCUGUAGAUAGCCAAAAAAGAAAAACAAAAAAAAAAAAAAAAACUCAUAGUACCGGUAAGUCCUGUCCUGUUUCAUUCGCCUCCAAAACAACUACACACCAGACCAAAGACCUUGAAAGUCUCUUCUCGACAGUAUGUGCAACAGCACAUGGGAUGUGAAGUCUUUAUUUCGGCAAAACACUACCGCUUUUGUCCAUAGUGGCCUUCAAACACAAUGGAAAAUGAAAACUCUGUUCAGCUGCUUUAAUGUUGAGUAGAGGGGAUGUUGGUUAAUAUUAGAUCCUGUUCAAUGCUGAUAUCUAGUAAGGAUGUUUGAAUAAUUCAUUAAGUGAUUGCCGCUGUGCUGCAUGUGUAAUUGUGAACAUGUUCUCUGAGUGUUUCUGUCACGGUUCAGGCACCGAGGCUCAAAUGCGGACAAAGAGACUCAAGUCAGAGCAGUUCAAUUAAACAGAUAUUUAUUUGGUCCCAAAAAUGCAAACAGAAAUAGGAAAACGGAACUAAGGUGGGCAGUAACAAUUAACAAAAAGCGCUGUCUGUAAAAACGCGAGACUGGAACAGUAAUAAUUAACAAAAAGCGCUGUCUGCAAAACGCGAGACUGGAACAGUAAUAAUUAACAAAAAGCGCUGUCUGCAAAACGCGAGACAGGGUCAGAACAAUUAACAAAAAAGCGCUGUCUGCAAAACGCGAGACAGGGUCGGGUACUACCAGAGCUAGCGAGAGAGCGAGUGAGCAGGCAGUCCGUGAUUUCCGACUGGAGGGGGAGAGGCAGGUGGUGAUGGCGUGAGGCGGCGUCCUGGACGGAGCUGGGAUGAAGAGCAGGAGAGCUGGGUACGCAGGCGGGAAGAGCAGGCGGAAAGAGCAGGCGGAGUGGGCAAGGGAUCUUCAGGUUACGGUCCAGCGUCGGGUUGUGGGAAGCGUCCGGUUUUUAUGGCAGCGGGUGAAUGAAUGAGAGCGCUCCUCUCCCCGCCACACGGAUCGAUCCGCUGAUUAGAAAGUGGCUGCACCUGUCCGCCCUGAAGCUGCAUCACACCAACACCUGCUUAGAGAGAGGGAGAGGAGGAGAAGAGGGAGGGGGGAGAAGAGAAAAGAGGGAGAAGAGAAAAGAGAGGCUGCCCCUAUCUGGCCCUAGAAGUAGAGGGCGUGACAGUUUCAGUGCACAGCAGAAGGAGGGUUGGCUAUAUGCUGGUUUCAGCGCGCUCUCAUAAAGUAAGGCUGGAACUGUCUGUGUAAACUGUUCAUACAUCUGCCUGCAGGCACUCCUAACUCUUAAAGGGGAUGAGCAGCACUCUUUGUUAGUAGUAAUACUGUUGCAGAUUCAUGCACAGGCUACAUUUAACUCUGGGCUAGCAGAGAGUCAGUGUUAAGGAUGCUGUAAUCUGCUUUUUUCCGUGUCUGCUCUCAGUGAAGUCAGGAGUGUUGUCGCAUGUUUGGUUUUUGAAAUGUUGUAUCAAGCUUUUCUACUGUUGUCUUGUGAAACAAUGUCUAACAAGUAGCUGCUGGAGUGUUUAUACUUCUUGGUUUUAAAUACUUUCAUGCUGCUGCCAUUUUAGCCACGGGGUUGCUCAUGCUAAUAAAGAGUUCUGCUGUAAGUUAUGCUCAUGACACAUUUGUGGAUGGGGAUCAAGCCCGAUCAAAUCAAUAGUGCACGCACAUUUGUAGACUGUCUAAUGAAGUUACUUAAUAGCAAAUAGGUAUUAAACCACUCAGAGAAGAAUUCUGGUGGCCAGUUGCUUGUGUUGAAGACUGAAUGUGCAAAGGGUCCAAAGUGUGGCUACAUUUGACCAAAGCUAAUGAUCGUGUUGAAUCAAAAUGCAACAACAUUGUGCAUCAAAUGAAGCCCAAAUACUCUAGUCUUACUUUUGAUUGUCUGCUGAUUGUCUGCAGCUGGGCUGCCAUCCUCCUCUUCCUCCCAAAGACAAAUAAAACAAAAGACCUGAUAGCAGUAUCAAUUAGCACUCAAAUCAUUAAGGUGUCUCAAUAAUGGCAGCAGUAUAAAUCUAUAUUAAUGGUCCCCAUCCGUAGUCACUCAAAGUGUCAAUUCUUGCUUGAUGAAAAAUGUCAGAUUAUGACCAGUGUGAAUAAGAGGAGUCCUAAAUGGACCAAAUAUUCUUUGAAUUUUCACACCAGGGACUUCAUUAGAUGAUUAAACACUGCAGUGAAUUGUGCAGGAUUUAUUCAGUCUUCUCCUCCACCCAUGUGUGUAAUGUGGGAUAUUCUGGUGGAGCAGAAGUUGGAGGAAGAGCCUCAAAGGUCUUUCCAGUUGAAAGGCCAUAAGCUAAAACAAGAGUGCUCUGAUUUUUCUGACAGCUGAUGAUUUGUACAAACUGAACCAGGGAAGAGAAGGGCUUUCCACAGGGAGGAGUCCAAGAAGCCAAAGAACAGACAAAAAUAAGUGAAUACAUGAAUAAACAGUACGUUUGGGUGCUAGAGGCACAUCAAUCAAAGCAGCACAUCUCUAAACUGGCUCGAGUGUGAGAAAGUGAAAAGAGCAUCAAGUUGAGUCGGCUGCAGUUUGCAACCAAGUAUAUGAUAGAAAAACUUUGUGGUGUCGCAGAGAUGAAACUGGACCUGGCUGUGGUCAAAAGCCUGAAGUCAAUCGGGAACAAGGCAAAACUCAUCAUCAGUCCACUCAGCCAGGAAGCCUUGAGAUGACAGCCGUAUGAUGCUGGACACCCAGACUGCUAACCACAUUUGGCUCAGGGGGGCUGAUAAAUGGCAGUGAUGAUAUCUGUGAAGCUAAAUACCAGACACCCGUUAGAGGGGACAAGUGUUGGUUCAAAUAAAGUUUAAAAGACUUCUCCGACUUUGAAGCUGGGACUUCACAGAGGACACAGAUGUCCUCUGGAAAUGUUCAGCCAUUUCUGUGAUGCUCGUAUCCCUCUGCCCUGCCUCUGUUCAUGUUGUGGAGGAAAAUUCAGGAUGGGUGACUUGUUACAUGUGGCAUUUUGUCUCUCUCUGCCUCACUCCUCUGAUGUAUAAUUCUCUUGUUAGGCCACCGAGUUAAGGUUAGAGUUAAAUUCAAGCUUCUGCCAUUGUCUUAUAAAGAAAGCUUUCAUUUAAUUCCCCACUGGGAUGUUUGCAUUCCAAAACGCUCUAAUUGAAAUUGAUUGGAGACUUUGCCAGCUGUGAAAAACUCUUAGUGGCCCGUUGCAGUUUGUGAUCCACAUGAAAGAGGCACCCUAAUGGGGAGGAUAAAAGCAACAAUGUCAAGCAAAAGUGCUCUGUUUAUCUACUCUGCAUUUGCUUUUGAACAAGAUAGUGCUGGAAAUGUGAUGGAAAAAUACACCACAUAAAUUCUGCAGCGUGAUACAUAAUAGCAGCCUGUGCCAUUAUUAUUCAGCGUUAAUAUGUUACUAUGUGCCAGACUGAGAUGGAAAAAUAUCAGAAAUUGACAUUAUAUCAGUGCUUACAUUACAGACCUCAUAGACUGAUAAGUACUCUGCAGGUGGAGAAUAAGUCCAAAAAUAGUGCAUAAUGGGGCUACUGACAGAGCUGAAAAUUUCCCCAAAAGAGCUUACAUUUACUAAAAAUAGUGCUUUGGAGUUUGUUGACACCAGCUAAAUAACAUGGCAGAGCCAACCCCAUCAGCAGGGGUUAAUAGCCUAAUUUCACACUGGUUCUUCUGCUGGUUUCUCAAUGUGAGGCUAUGUAAACCGAUGCUGGCAGAGCCAAACUGCUUCACAUUCUAAUUGCAAAACCUCUCUCAGCGUUCGUCAUUGUAGUUGCACUCUGCAUUGAACAAAGCUCAACUUUCGUAACUCCUGUUGGAUUCAUCAAUUUCUCUCAGAAUUGAGAAGGGGCGGGACCUCUGACCAUGAUGCACAAAUGGCUUUGCAGGAUGAUUUUAAAUAAGAAGCUCUUAUCGUCAGCAUUUUGACGGUGGUGAAACUUGAGCUGAAAUUAACCUGUGCAGGUUCAAAUAAGCCUAUGGCAGCUCAGCUUGCAGCCCCCCUUGGAAUCCACAGAUUUUAUUCCAUUUUGCUCUUGAAUCAAGUGGUGUGUUUGGAAAUGUGCAGAGCUUGCAAAUAAUUUUAGUUUCCACUAAAACCUUAAGAAUGGUAAGGGGAGUCACUCUCAGACAGUCGGGCUAAUAACAUGCAGUCCUUCUCCCUCUGCGUUGCUUUUUGUGCAACAAUCAAGGGUGUCACUCGUAAUUCUGGGCCCACAGUUACUAAAACACACUUGACCAAUGACAACCAUUAAAUAACUGUAACUUUUUAAUGCACUCAGACUAAUAGCUACCAUAGCAACACAUCAUGAGCAUGCAUCAUUGAUUUGGAAAGUGCAGUCCAAAUCCAGGUCUUCUUAUCUGAUGAAUUGGCUCAUCACCUUUAGGGGGAUACCCUGUACUGACAGUCAUUUCUGGCAGCUGUACCAGAGAAGCCCCUAAUCUUGGACAGAAACUGUUAAAGCAGCUUUAAUUUCAUCGUUCUCACUGCUGGAUUUAGUACCAGUCAAAUGUCUGCAGUCAUUAAAGGUCCUUAACAAAACAGACAAGGGAUCAUUACGUGGGUUGUGAUACCAGACAUGAAGUUGGUAGUCAGCUCAUGAUCCGUCAGAGACUUAGGUCAGAGUAAUUACCAUUUUCCUCCUAUGCCCGGGAUGACAUUUCAGCAAAAAGAUGGGGCUGUGCUGUAAGUGCUGUUUACAGUUUUGACAAGACACCGUCAGCACUCUAGCAUUAAAAUUCAGACAAGGGGCUGUGGGUGACUGCUUCCAAAACAGGAACAAAUUCAGGCUAUAAGCUUUGUUGAUGUCUUUUUUUAAUCAUCCAGUUAGUGUGUAAAUCAUGUCAAAAAAUUGGACCAGAGUACAGAUCAAUACAUCCACGUCUCUGUGGAAUGAUAAUCUGGAUAGUUUUGUGGUAGUCUGUCUCAUUACUCUUUGCCCAAGCAUGACAACAACAGGGAUAAUAAGAACGGGAGUAGAAAAUAUGAAAAGCAUGUGAUCAAUGUUAAAAGUAUACAACUCAUAAUACAUAAUGUAGAAGAACUGGACUAUUUACACUCAUAAAAUAGGAAAUAAAUAGAAAGAUUAGCUCAUGAACCUUUUAUAUCUUCACUUUGACACUAAGAAGCUGUGCUGCUGUUGCACUCUGACCUCUAUAAAGCUCCAGAUGCCCUGCCGACUGGGCUGCAUUUUUCUGUCUUUUAGUAAAGCGAGAAGAGUUGAUCUUAAGGCCACCACUUUUCAUUUAGGUUACAUAACAUAACAUUACUCAAAAAGGACUGCAAAAUAUGCUGAAAAAAAUGCUGACUCAUGCUUUGAUAUUACUCUAAUCUCUCUCUGGAAACUUUGAAAUGGUUUCUCCGCAGUAAAACCUCUCGGCCAUCUGUUAUCUGAUUGGACAGGCUCUUAAAAGCAGCAGUGACCUGGGUUGAAGUCGAAUUUCAACUCUGAGCAGAGAGGCAUGUGGGUGUAACCAAAGAGGCAUGACCUGAAGCUGCGGAGUCAUUGGUUUUUUUCUGGGGUCGACUCCGUGCUCAGUUCAAAACAUUCUGAUCAGGUUCUUUUGGUGCCCAGAAUACUCUUUAUUUUAUACAUGUGAAAAAGUUUCUUUUAUUGGUUUGAAGAUACUUGGAAAUAAGCUGUGAGUGCUUUGGUAGAAACCAGGAUAAUAACAUCAGACAAUAUAAGAGUAUGGCUGUCAUGAUUUAAGAUUUUCACCGUAGAUUAAUAGUAGAUUUCCCGCAUGGUCGUUGAUGGGAAGACGAGAAGAUGAGGAUUCAGAAGUGUUUUCAGUUGAAGCUCUAUUUUAUGAGCUACAAUGAGUCAAGAAUGUGCAAAACAGAGAUCUGCAGGUUUAAAAUUAGCUCAUCCUACCAAACAGACAGCUUAGAGGUCUGAGCACUUCAGAACCCCGACUAACUUUCCCUUGAACCCUUUGUAGUCAAGGAUCCACCUAUCUAGACAAAGAGCGAGUCUGAAGAUGAAUACCAAUGAUAGUAAACACACGCAAUUGCAGCCAAAGCACUAGUCAUGUGGGCGGCGGUAAAGUAACAUAUUAUGGUAAAACUUGCAGUUAUCACGUUUGAAGUCGGGUCCCUGACACGGUCAGUCAGUACAGAUCCAGGUUUUAUCUUCAGCUUCUUAGUGAAUUCUGCUUUGAACUGCCCCUUGUUGGUAAAAAAGUCUGUGGUGAAAUGGUUGGCACACACAUACAACAUUUUCAGAGUUGUUGUGGGUACAAUUCCAUCAAAAACACAAUUUAUCCACUGGGUCCUCAAAUCUUCCGACAAAGGAGGCAGAAAAUAAACACCUGUCUUUGUUUGUGCAGCCAAGAACCAUGCAGCGGCUGGGUCGUAGCUUCGACAUUGUUUGCUGUACCAGAGCAGCGUAUGUGAGGGGAAAAAAUGGCAGAUGCUACCUCAGCGAAGAAGUUUUAGAGGGGUCGGGCUAACGAUUAUUGGAGGCUAUGCCACCAACAUGUAGAAGGGGCUUUUGCGGUUAUGUCAUCAUGACUGCCCGUUUUUUUUUUUUAUUUGCCUGUUUACGCUCAUGUUUUCAGAAAUGAAGGGAAAGUAUGUGUGUGGGGGGGUGUUAUUGGCUCGAGAGGAUGCAUAUAAUUGGUAGAAAACCACCCAAAAGUGGAUUUUUCAUAAUAGGAGACCUCUAAAUCAUGAGCAAGGCAUAUGUUUCAUGUCCUAGACCUACACAAAAUCCUCAGGACCUAAUCCAAACAAGAAGUCCAAAAUUUCACUGAAUGUCUGAUUUUCAUGAUUUUCAUGGUGCAAACGUGAAUGAACUGCUCUUGGGGUUUUACUUUAUCCCUUCUUACAGCACACAGUGAAUUGUAGACACACCCUGACGAUCAAAAGUCAAUAUGGGACUUUUUCCACAUUGAGGGGUGUUGCACAUCCCAACAGUAAACAAGAAGUUAUUAUCACUCCUUCAGACAGUGAUUAAUCUGGUUGAUAUUUCCUAUGCAUGAUUGAGGUCCAUCCCUUAACACUUCUACAUGGUUAUUUCUGGGCUGAUAGAUUUUGGAAAACAAUCUAAUUGCAAAUUUUUUCCUCAAUAUUGCGAUUUAAUACUUGAUUAUUUUUUCAUGGUCCUCUUCUAAUGUAUUUUUCAAACACAAACAAUAAAUCAAUCUGUAUCAUAGUCAACAUUAUCAGAUUAAUUAUACAUAAAUCGUUCUUUCUGGCAAUUAUUGUUUCAUACACAAACAGACACACACAGGCUCUCUCUGCUCAUACACUAUCACGCACACACAUGCAUGCACCAUCAUUUACUUCAUGAUACUGAUUGGGGUGGCGAGAUGUAAUCGGUGCCCAAAACACCAGAGUUGGGUCUAUCCAUUCAGCUGUGCUGCCAUCACCGUAUUGGAUGUGUUUUCCCUCGUUAUGCAGACGUGGUUUAAAGCUGAAGUGCUGGGGUCCGUUUCACGUAGGUGGUUCAACAAACUCUGAGUUAAAUCCUUAACUCUGAGUUGAUCUACUCUGAGUUAGGAAACUCUGAGUUUCCGGUUUCACAACACCUGAUUUGAGACGGUUUUAACAACUCUGAGUAGUUUGACCUGAGGCCUGUACUACGAAGCUGGAUUAACACAUCCAGGAUAACUCUGCGACAACUCGCUAAACUUCACCGGAUCUCCGCGAUCCCGAUCAGCUGUACUACGAAGCAGGAUAUCAACUCGAUAACUGAAUCCAGUUCAGAUCUGUGCGCGCACACGUAAAGGGGGUCGGGUCAGUGCCACCGGACCAAUCUCCACAAUGGAGAAGGCUGCACGUCAUUUUUCACAGCUGAAGAACAGAGCUUUAUUUAAACAGUGAGACAGACACAGCCGCUAAAAGCCGGAGGAACUGCCGGCAAAAAUAAUCACCGGUUGUGUAAAUUACAUUUGUGCGUUCAUAAAUUUAUGGCCCCCUAAUAUAUUGUCAUGCAGCGUGUGUGAUCACCACCAUCACUGACCUCAUUAUUUAAGAUACAACAGCAGUGGGGAAAAGAGUACGUGGGAGCAAAUAAAAAUAAAUCGAAAAACAUCCUUUUAAGUAGUUUGUAAGUUUAUUGGAAGAUUUUAUUUGUACAUAUUUCUACGCGUAAACAGUGAUUUCCUCACACUGCCUUUUUUUUUUUCUCCAUCAUCUGAUGGUCACAUGUCAUCUGCAGUCACAUUUGGGGUUAAGAGUUUUCUAAUCUGCUUCAAUGAAUUCUGAAUGAUGACUAACAAAUUUGAACCUGGAGCUUGGCAAAUAUUAGUGUAUUGCUUAGACUUCAUGCUACCUGAAUAUUGAGGCCGUCCGAGGAAAACCUGUAACGUUCAUAGAGAACGUCAUCAGGUAAAUCAAACGGAGUUGAACGAUCAUGAAUAUAACGCUCUCGGCGAAGCGCUUCUCUCACUAUCCGUGCAACGAUGUCCCCGGGAUCCGGCAAAAGUGGGCAAGUCAUUUUCCAAGAGAUCCGAUUGGUCAUCGGGCGGUCUUCUAUACCUGCUGAGAUCUUAUCCUGAAACAUAACCUGCUCCGGAGCAGGUUUGGCGUUCCGCGUAAGUUACCGGGGCAACGGACCCGGAUAAAAAGAGAUCCACCUUCGUAGUACAGAAAACCCAGAAGUUAUCCAGAAGUUAUCUCGCUAAGACCAAAUCCAGCUUCGUAGUACAGGCCUCUGGAGUUAAGCACGUGCACGCCAGACAUAAACAGCCAGCAUCUGUGGAGCGCAGAUUCAAUGAUCAACCAAUGGAAACAGGGAGAAGGAGGGGGCAGCAGCAAGCCAACGGCGAAUUACAGCACGUUUUAAAGGAAAGUGCAAUACAGCAGCAGCUGCAAAGGAGAGGGAGAGGGCUUGGGAGGAAAUCGCUGCUCGCGUCAAUGCGUAACUUUAAAUCUAGUCUCGUGCAAUCACAAUGACAGACUGUUGAAGGGAAACUGCUUGAAUCAUUUUGAUCAUGUUUUACAUUGUCAAGUAAGUAUUAAGUGGCAGUUUGAUCCCUUAGAAAAUUCUCCUUUCACACUCAAAAAUGAAUUUUACUCUCUUAUGAUGUUCCGUUAAAUGAUUAGGAAUAUUAAACUAACUCUCAGUAUGUAUAUGUACAUAUAUUAAACUAACACACACUACACUCAAUAUUAGACUUUCACUCAGCAAACAGAAACGGGUGGUGGCCCAGCAGCCCCACCUUUAACGGAGGCAGAGGAGCUGCGCCCCCCCCCCCCCCCCCCCCCCCGACGAUCGCAACCCCCACCCCGUAGCAGCGAUCGUCGGACUGGUGUGCGUGUGUGUGCGUGUGUCUGUGGGGGGGGUUUGCGAUCGGACCGGCCGCGAUCGUCGAACGGGGGGGGGGGGGGGGGGGGGGGGGGGGGGGGGCAGCUCCUCUGCCUCCGUUAAAGGUGGGGCUGCUGGACCACCACCCGUUUUUGUGUUAGUUUAAUAUUCCUAAUCAUUUAACGGAACAUAAUAAGAGAGUAAAAUUCAGUUUUGAGUGUGAAAAGAGCAUUUUGUAAGGGAUCAAACUGCCACUUAAUACUUACUUGACAAUGUAAAACAUGAUCAAAAUGAGAAAAUGCCGAUGUCUCACCUGAAACUCUGGGUUUACUGAGUUAAACCUGCUCCCGAGCAGGUUAGGUUCACGGAGUCUGUUACUGUGGUAACUGACCGCGAGGUUGAGUUACCUCUCUUUGUGAAACAGGUUAGAGUUACCCCUCUCUCCCUGAUUUAACUAACCCUCCUUUGUGAAACGGAAAACUCAGAGUUUCACUGAUUUCAGGGUUAACAAACUCAGAGUUUCCAUUAAACCUGCUACGUGAAACAGACCUCUGGUCACUAGUGUUUUAGCCAUUAAACUAUCGUACAUGGCUUUGUUGUGUUUUUUAAGUCUUAAUAAAGGUUCGUAGUGUUACCGCCUGAUGUAGCAACAGUAUCAUGACAGGUUUUGUACAUGUUACGCAGCAGCAUCUGUUUCAGCCGAGAUAAAUCCACACAACUGCCGUGCUGCCCCUCUUUGGUACUAAAACUUUCUGCAGUGUCAGCUUCUGUGGCGGAAUUACGCCAGAGUGCGAAAGAGUGCAGUGUUGACGUCUCUCUCUUUACCUGCUCUGCUUCGCUCCGCCUGCAAGUCAUGUGACCGGAACACGUGAUCAGUCAAAAUCACAGCCUUUGCGUUUAGAAAAUUAUGUUUUAUCAUAUUGGGAUGUAAUCACAAAUGCAAUUAAUUAGGGUUACUGUACGUUCUCUUUUACCCCGACAUGUCCUCUCUUUUGGGGGCUGUCCAGCCUACCCGGCCUUGUCCGGCUUUGUCCGGAGGAGUUUAUAAAAUCCUUCAAAUGUCGGUGGUUUUGUGUGGAGGUCUUGAGUUUGUGUCACGUGGACUUACUGAGUUAGAAGCGUGUAAAAAACACUGGAUUUGACCCGGAAAACUCUCAAAAUUAACUACGCAAGACUCUGUGUAGUCUUGUCCUCUUUUUGAGGAUUCAGAGUAUGGUUACCUUAAAUGAAUUGUUUAGCCUUAGUUAUUUCUCAAUGACGGUCAUAGUGCCAUCAUGUGGGAAUACUUAGAACUAACUUUCACAUACAACAUCUGAUGAUCAAUGGAUGAUGAUCCAAACUGAAACUAUAACAACCUUUCACUGUUAACUGUGUCUCAGAUUUUAGUUUGAGUUAAAAGGAUAUCAAUCAGCUGUCUGCAGGAGGGUGGUGGAGUUCAUUGAGUCAGUGAAACUCACAUAUUUCAAACUAGAGGAAUCAAAGUAGCAGAAUGAUAAGAUUUUUAAUUUUCAGUCUUCGUUUGCAUAAAGCUUCCCCUGAGUUGUUACCAAUCACUUCUUUUAAACCUCAAACUUGUAGCUACACUGUCAGGGUGUUAGACAAAGUUUGGAUAGAUUUGAUGGAAUUACCCAACUCAUUUUCUGUAAACUUUCAAACUCCCCCUGAGAGAGACAUAGAAAACUAUUCUGGUGAUUUCUCCCCUUACAAAGUGUGCCUCCCAUGCUGCAGCGCCUUAAUUCCCCUAAAUAACUUCCUUCCAUGUAACAGCCACUGCUUUAACUGGAAAAACUCUAUGAGACUUAAUCACAUGUUACAGACGCUGGGGGGUUAUACUGAUGACAGUCUGCAGUGUGCGUUUAUUUUGAGUCAAGCAUAAUAAGACACCUACUCCGUCAGCACCUCUGCUGCAAGUCAUCAGAAUCUCUGACAAAGUAGUCAUCAAGGAGAAAGUGGUUCCAGCCCCUGAAGAUAUUUGCAUGUCAUCUUAUGAACUGUCAGUGGGCGAGUCACUUUGAUGCAGGGAGUUGAAAUUCAGUCAUGAGCUGCUGUUCUGUCUCUGCUUGUUUUUCCUGGUUUGUAAAUCCGCUGAAUGCAUCUCUCCUGUCAACAGGAUGGCCUUUUGGAAGCCUGGUCUGCAAAAUGAGCGGGAUGGUUCAGGGGAUUUCUGUGUCAGCAUCCGUCUUCACUCUGGUGGCUAUUGCUGUUGACAGGUAUGGUGGCUGAUUUUAACACUGUAUUGUCUUUAUCGAGAACCUCUCACUCUUGAAUGGUGCAACAGAAAAUACAUGGAAACACAGAUGCAAGAAUCCUCCCGAACAGCUGCAGAUGCCACUCGUUUAGAAGUAGAGCUGUAGUUUUAGUAAUUGCCUGCUGUGGGCUCUGAGAGUUGAAGUUAAGGCUAAAAAAAUCCUGAAAAAGCAUAAAACAUUGAGUCCAAACAAAUUUGAAUUGAUGUUUUUUUUUUUUUGCAAACAUGCCUUUUGAGGUGGUGUGGAUGUUUCAGCGUCACAAACUGCCUCAUAGAGUUUCCUUCCUAUGGUGUGAAAUCCCAAAUCUCAUCUACUCAUGAGAUAUAUGGGUAAUUUCGAGCUGUAAUAGCCCCCAAUCUAGUUUUUUGGUAACAUUUUAAAGCUCCUGUAAGGAAUAUUUGACAGGUUUUGAAGCAGGCUGAAAUAAACAGUAAGGUGUCUCUAUUACAAAAACAAAUGAGUCUAUUAUUUUUAAUGUCUGUAGCUGCUGUGAGGAGGGAAAGGUGUGCUAAAAAUGCCCUUUGUUGCUUUUCAUGCAACAUAUAGUUGCAAUUAGGGAUAAAGUUCACUGCAGAAAAAAAACACACUAAGUUUACCACUUUGUUACAUGUUACCACCUGUUUCAUGGCUAUGCGUGUGUGUGUGGGCAUGGAAAAGUUUUGCUUUUGAUUGCACUAGGCAAUGCACAAGCUGUUAAUAUCAUAUCCAAUCAAUACGAACAAAUUAGCAUGCCUGGACAGUUUUCUUAUCUCUGUUGUCUCCUUUUAAAGAAAUGCCUUCAUGAUCGAGCUAAACAGUCCAAUUACUAUUCAUCAAGAUGACAACAGCUGAAUAUUAAAUUGUUAAAACACUUUGAAAAACUUUGGAGGAGGCUGCAGAGCUUUAAAGCAGGGAAAAUUGCAAAAAGAGCAGACUUCAGAGGUGGAGUCAGAGCUGUUCUUCAAGCUGUAAAGAAAUAAUAGAUCCAGGGCUGGUAUUUGACCGUUGCUCCGUCCUCAAACACCAGACAGGAGGUGAUGUUGAUGUUGCUCUGCUGCAAUCUGAAAUCACUCGAGGCUGUCUGUGCCUCCAGGAAGGACAGAUGGAGUUUAAAAAGGUUGACAUCCAAAAGUCAAAGUCACCUCACAUAUCUAUCAAACAUGAUGAGAAUUAGAUUUUAGGAGGAAGGUAAAUGGCAAUCUCCUCUGCUGCCAGAAAUAAGACAGGCCAAAUUGCUUGGCAGUCUUUUCUACUGUAACCAUGUCUCCUUGCGCCUCGCACACCUGGAAGGUGACGUUAGUGAAAAUGAUGGAGGUUUUUGUUCUGGGAUUGACACAAGGAUACUGCUGAAGAGCAUUUAGAUUGUUCUCCCUUCAUUGCAUUUGUUAUGAUAUUUUGCUUUUGCUCUUGAAUGCGCACUACUGGGGCAGUUAAAGGGAUAUUCCGGCAUAAAAUUAAUUUAAGGUCAAACACAUCGUAACACCGAAUUAGACACCCCCCCCGAGAGAUGAAUGUUGCUGACUGCUUGCUUCUCUAGUUAUACCAACUUUAGUAAUGACCGCAGGAUAGCAAUACACAGCAGUCUGAGGAGCCAUAAACAAACAUUAACCAAAACGCCACUCUAUAGCCACAAAUAAUGCUCAGAACAGCACUUAACUUCAUCAACAGUACAUAUAGGGUCCCAGCCACAGCACUAGCCACCAAACAUCUUUUUAACUUUGCCUAGCUUCUUCAUCAAAGAGACUAAACACAAUUCACCUACUCUCUUCCAGCAGCCGCUUGUUUGUAGCGAGACCUCAGGCCAGUCCAUUACAGACUGCUGCGGGGUGACGCAGCUUAAGGAGGAACAUUUAUGAUCAUUACUUUAUCAUUUCUAUGAAGUAAUAAUCAUAAAUUGAGCUGCAUCCCCCCGCUGCAGUCAUGCUUCUUCAGAUGGAGGUCAUUUGGAGAUUGUUUGCCCCUCUCUGCCACCACAAAAGGAAAACCCUUCACUGGUUUUUGUACAAUGAAUUUAACAAAUAAAAAUGAGUGAGACCAGAUUUAGAGCAGGAGCAGUAGCACAGUUAAAAGCUCUUUGGGGCAGUAGGAUUAAAAAACAUUACAGAAGGAUGACUGGCUCUGGGGAAUAGUUUUGUACAUCAUACAUGUUUCCUGAACAGUGAUGGGAACACAGAAAAUUAGGUCUGACUUUUGAUCCAUAUAAGCCAAUGCCUUGAGGCAGAGCCGCUGUAUGAGAGGUCACCUCUUCAUAGUAGCUGUCAAUCACAGACUGCAGGGAGGUGUGUGUGUGUGUGUGUGUGUGUGUGUGUGUGUGUGUGUGUGUGUGUGUGUGUGUGUGUGUGUGUGUGUGUGUGUGUGUGCGCAAAGACAAACACACAAACAAACAUCAACACAAAGGACAGGACACACUAACAUCAGCUGAUUCAUGGAUAUCAGAAUGUGUCGAGCACCUCUGUGCUUAUCUGAAAAGCACUAUUAUAUGGCUGGUUAACAAUCCAUAGCAACAGCCUGUUAUUUCCCUACAGCAUGGUUGCUAUGGAUGCAUCUCCAAUUACAGACAUCAGCAGACUUAGCUGUAAUUAUUUCAACUAGCCUGAAGAAAUCUGAUCACUCUGACUUUUAUGUUCUUAUUGAAUUAGUAAAAUAAUUUUAGAACUAAUAGUUGUGGUAAAGGGAUAAUUCAGUGUUUUUGAAAUGGAGUUGUACAUGUUACAUGUCACUGGUGAUGCAGGUCAGUUCUGCCUCUUUAAUGAAAAAUCGCCGGGGAUCUGGUACCCAAGCUAGGCCACAGUUUUCUCAGAUUUUCAUGAAAAACAGAAUUUUCUUUAGAGAGACUCUGACCCAGGCACUUAUCCUUGUUCCCUGGAGAGGCUUUUUGUUUAAGCUCUAUUUGCAGACAGGAGUCACCGAUUCACUGUGAAUUUUAAUGUUUUCACAGUUUCUUCAUGCAUGAUAAUGCACCAAAUGCCUACAGUGUAUUUUGACAAGGUAAACAUAUUAUGUGGACCAUGAGUUGUGUCAUUAUACAACAAUGAGAGUGGUAUGUAUUAACUCCCAAAGGUCCAGAGGAACUAUUGGAACAAAGUCUCUCUCAUGAUGACAGUAAGUACCUUUCUCAGUUUGUGGGCACUGACUCGCACACACCUGCACCACCAGGUAGCCUGGGAUCUCUGCUGCUCUCCAAUAAGCACAAUCAUUUCUCUACUUUUUCAUUUGGUGCAUUGAGUCACUUGUUUGUUUGCAGUAAACAGAACUCCAUCUGCACUGCCAGAAUCACUCAUUUUGGAGGUUUGGCUGUAUUUUUGGAAAUUUUAAAGCCUGCAGACCUAACAGUUGAUCAGCACGCUUCAGGUGGAGGAGCUCUGUGUGAGUUGUGCCUGCAAAUUUCUGACGGCGAAGUACAACGCGGUAGGGUGCACAGUUGAAGUGAGGAGUGCUUGGGUUUGAAUCUGCCACAAUCAGCCAAUAUAUGGGGCAGACUUGGCUUUGUUUGUUGAAAACUGUAGCUCUGCUUGCAUGCCAGUUCCUCCAGGCAGUUUCUCGUUUCAUGGGCAGAACUGUUGUGACUAAUACACUGGAUGGCGGCAUGUAUCUCUCAAUCCCACUACAAAAAUAAUGGAAUAUCCCUUGAACUAUUGGUUUACCGAGUACGUUGCAGUGUUGAAACCUUCAGUGCUUCAAGUAUCUGGUUAGAAAUGCUGAUGACUCAUUCCUUAUGAGCCUCUUUGGUAAAUAAUUGAAUCAUUUGUCGUGGUAGAUGGAGAUAACGAUUUGAAAAGGGCCAUUACAACACAAGAACUACAGGAUGCUGUCUGUUAGCUUACAUGAUGUAUUUUUCUCUGUUUUUCAUAUUUUUAAAAAAUAUAUGCAUUUUGUGGUAAUUACGACAGUGAGUGCAAAUCAGUAUCCACAGCAUGUCCUCUUUCUUUGUUUUCUUUUACAGGACACAACAAUUUGCAGAAUCGAAUAAAAGGCUGCAAACUUCAUUGUUUUUUCCACUUGUACCUGCAAAGAAAGUUCAGUUCAAAGAAAUCCCAUUCAGACCUUUAUGCUCUGUCCCUGAUAUUGUCAAGAGUCUCCUUUGUCCUCCUUUUUCAAAGACAGCAUGGUAUGCAUAGGCUGCUUUUGUGCACGGUUUGACAUGGUCAUUUCAUAUACCAUAAGGUGCAGAAACAAUUGCAGGUCACAGCUAAGGUAAAAGGAGCAGCCGAGAUAAUUACUCUACUUGGCCGUGCAAAUGGCUCCAUACAAUAAAGAAAAGAGCGCCAACAGAGUCAUUGUUCUUCUGUAAAAACUGAAAAUGCACCACACAGAGCGAGGGCAGCAGUUCACUUGACUUAUUGUACUUAAGUCGAAGCAGACUUUGGUGGUAGAUUUGCUGCUGUGGUGUUUCAUGAAUGCUAAUCCAGAUUUGGGUUUGUCUGUUUUUUUCAGACAGCAGCCCUUCAAAGUGAAUAGAGUCUAAAUUUGACCCUGCAUGAGCACAAACAGUCCUUUGUUUUCCUCACAAGAAAACAAAAUAGGAUUCUGGUAAGAAAUGAAUUGCUUACAUGGGACAAAGGUAUUUCAACCAGAAUGAAACUUCAUUAUAGACAAAAAAAGAGCUCUCUGAAUACCCUUUCAGUGUAAAAAAAUCAUGGAAAAGUGCCCUUCCAGUGUACAUUACUUCAAAUUAGUCUCUUUCUAGAUGGCCUAUCAUUGUAUAAAACAUUAAAAAGUGCCUGUCCAGCUCAUGUUAAAGGGGCCCAGUUAAGUUAAAGUAAAAAGCAUUAUUGCUGCUGUAGAUGCCAACAGACUACUAGCAAACACAAUGUUUGCAGGACUUCUACAACUAGGAUAAAAUGACAUACUUCACAACCAUUCAGGUCGGGGGAGACUGAGAAUGGCCCUGUUUACGGCCAGAAAGACCGCGCCGCUCAAAAUUUUUAAAUGUUGACUACACAGACAUAACAAAACACAGCAAUACUGUGAUAGCCCCAUAUGUCCUCAAUAAUUAAUAGCUAUUUUCUGAUAUAAAAAGCUUUUAUGUAUAUACACCACAAAAUAAAAUGUAUCUUUAACGGAAUCCUGCCUACCCCACCUUGAAGUAAAAUAUCUUGCUUUCUGGAGGUCCCUCUGGUGUAAAAAAUGUACUAAAUUUUCCCAUGAAAUCCUCCUCCAGUGUAAAAAUAUGAAAAAGUGCCCUCUCAAUGCCCUUCAACAGUGUAUUUUAUAGAAUAUGUUUCCCUCCUGAUGCCUAUUCUGUAUGAACAAUGUUAAAAAGUGCCCGUUGGAUGUUUCUAUGAGGGUUAGGGUUAUGUAUUUACAAAAUGGAGGGCCCCUUCGGUUUAUAAGGUAAAAAAAGUGUUCCUUUUUAGAUGUGAACAAAAUGUUAAAAAGAUUGUGUCCUUCUGGUUGCCCUUUUAGUACAUAAAAGUUUUUUUAAAGUGCUCUCUGAAUGCUGUCCCAUUGUAUUGUACAAAUGUAAAAAAAUGACCCUAUGAAUGCCCUCCCAGGAAAAAAAGGUUAGAAAAUAUCGAUGCCUGAAUGCUCCUUCCAGUUUGAGAAAACUUUUUUUUUGGAUAACUUUUUAUUCAUGACUUUGUGUUUCAUUUUUCAAUUUUCAUCGGUAAGUGUUGCACAAAUAUUUGCCAGUACACAGGGGAUUAAGUGUCAGAAGCUCAAAAUGUCAAAACUGAUGCCACGGUUUGUAGUAAAUUCCUGCGUAGGAAGUUUUGGUGUCUCUAAAAUUUUAAUUAAAAAAAGGUUUUCAAAAUGUCACGAAUGAUGCCUUUUCUUGUCUGACAUUUACACAAAUUUCAAACUACAUGGUCUACUUGAAGAACAGCAAAACAACCCUGGGAAGAGUUCUUUAUUGUGGUAAAAUGCCUUUUAGGGCAAGCAAAAAGUGACAUUGAAGUCCUCUAGAACAUUAAACAGAAAAAAAUCUUGAGAACCAGUUUUCUAAUCUGUUACAUGACGGUUGCUGCAACACAGCAGGUGGUUUAUGAGUAUGUGAGGUCUCCUUCAGUGCAAUCUGCAGCUUUCAUAAUGUCUUUUCAUGCCAUUGAAAUGAAUAUUAUCUGCUGUCACUCAGUGUCUUGUGUGAAAUAUACUUUUCAUGCAGGUUUAAUGUCUGCAUGCAUUCUCCUCAUCCGGCUCUUCUUCUUCUCCCUCUGCAGAUUCAGAUGCAUCGUCUACCCGUUCAAGCAGAAGCUGACCAUAUCCACUGCCACCCUGAUAAUAGUUAUUAUCUGGGUCCUUGCUAUUUCCAUUAUGUGUCCCUCUGGGGUGAUGCUGCAAGUGACAAAGGAGCAAACCAUUCGAGUGUUGCUGGGCUAUGACAACAAAACCACGCCUUUCUACUGGUGCAGAGAAAACUGGCCAAACCAGGAGAUGAGGAAGAUUUACACCACUGUCCUUUUUGCAAACAUCUACCUUGCUCCCCUUUCCCUCAUUGUGAUCAUGUACGCACGGAUUGGCAUUACUCUUUUCAAAACGGCAGUUCCAACAGGAGGAAAGACGGGCCAUGACAACCGCCACUCUGUGUCCAAAAAGAAGCAGAGGGUGAUUAAAAUGCUGUUAAUAGUUGCUCUGUUAUUCAUCCUCUCCUGGCUGCCUCUGUGGACUCUCAUGAUGUUGAGCGACUAUGCCAGCCUGACCGAGCAGCAGUACAGAAUUAUCAAUAUUUACAUUUACCCUUUCGCCCACUGGCUGGCUUUCUUCAACAGCAGCGUCAAUCCCAUCAUCUACGGCUUCUUCAAUGAGAAUUUCCGCAGAGGAUUUCAAGCUGUGUUUAAGUUCAGCCUGUGCACUGCGGACGGCCAGCGGCGGAAAACCUACUCGCACAGGCUGCAGGGGAACUCUGUUCUGCCGGCAAAUAACGCACAGACCUCACUGGAACCUAUUUCUCUCAACAGCCUGGAUAAGAACACUUCCAGGCGGCUCAAUCACGUCACGGAACAAGACUUGGUCAUGGAGGACUUGGAGAAAGGCUCUUGCAGCAGCGGGGGUGUGACUGCAGUGUCUAUUUGAGAAGGAAGAGAUAUUCUUCUAGGUGAUAAGCAAGGUUGUUCUCAUUUCAGAAAGAAAACAACCUUCCUCAUUCAAACUCAAAUCUUACACUGAGUAAAAAAUAUGGCAAAGCCUGCCUGAAAAGGUGCCAAUGUCUAUGUGCCAAUUUCUACACUGUGGAGUGAAAUAGGCUUGGGCAAGAGGGACAAAACUGGAGAAAAACAACUUGUGGAGCAGUAAUACAUCCACCGCUUCGACAAAUCAAUUUAUACAGCAAGUUACCUCACAGUGUUUGCUGGUUCAACAAAUACACAAUACAAAUUGAGAAAUGUGUUAGUCCAGGCAGGCUACAAAGUCCAGUCAGUUCAGCCCACGUUACAUCACCUGAUCAUUACACCAGCAUAAAUCAUUUAUAUUUGGUAUUUGUCCAGAUUUAACGCUCUGCUCUGUCCUUCACUGCCACGUCUUUCACAAACUCCCUCCACCCAAGCUCCUCCUUUCUAUGCUGUGUCUGUUUUCACCAGGUAGGGGGGGGGGGGUCUCCCUGCCUGAGUAUUUGGCAGCCCACAUAUGCACUUGGGAGGGCAGGGAGCUCUUAGAACAGAUCCAUACAAUCAAAUAUGACUUGUCUGAGACUUGAUUAGUCUCUGACAGAAGGAAUCAUGGCUGAAAUCAGUAUUAGCUGAUCCAAACUCAGAAAAGUUCCCGUCACAACAAACCUAUGCUUAUAACCUUUAAGAAACACAAUGUAUUUGCACAUAUUGUGCACCUUUAAAAUGUUUGAACUGUAUUUAUGAAGAGAGAAAAGAUCUCAGAUCAGUUGGUACUACACUGCUAAAAGGUGAUUGCCCUGCUCAGUGAUAUAUAAACUUUGUACAAAUGUAUAAAAAGGCAUCAGAUACCCAUGUGCUUUCAUGUUCGCAGAGCAGAUUUCAAAAGUGACGUCAGGAAGUGUACUUGUGGUUUGGGACAAAUUGAAGAACAAAAAUCUUAAGACUUUGCUCUCAUUAUGAGUCAUUACCACUGUUAAUAGGAAGUACUUAAACUACCAUAAUCUAAUUAUUGAAAUGAUGAUUUAUUUCCAAAGUGCUGUUCCAAGUUUUAAUACAAAGACCGGCCAAGGCUUUUUCUCUGUUAGAGCCCAGAAAGACCCUGUGUUCCUCUGACAAACACAAGCUGCUCAUGACUAAUAUUCCUUUUAAACUAGUUUCCUUUUUAAACCGUUUGAAUGAUGUUUUGGAGGAUGUUGGAAAAUUAUCAAAAUUGAGUCCAAAUUGAGAAAGUAUUGAGCCUGAAUAAUAAAAGACAGCACAGCUUUUGUAAGAUUUUUCUGAUGGGACCACUUGAGGGAUGGUUGGAUUUCAUUGUGCCUGACUUUAUUAUUGAACACAAACGGAUGUGCCCCACCAGGGGAGUUUUGGUUUGAGUGAAGCCGUUAAAGCCUCGAUUAGGAGGUAAUUUCAAGAAAUAAAUGAUAGAUGAUAUCACUCAUUGGUUUCUGAAGCAAACUUUUAAAGCCAGCUGAUAGUGGAAGUCUUAAAUUUUGGCUGCUGCUGCAGUUGGUAUCUUGGCAACAGUGUACCUGUCUGUCAGUCAAAACCCACAUAUAUAUACUCUAAUCUAUGCAUCACUCUCAUCCUCAAAAAGAUGAGUUAGAAAAGCACUCCCUCUGCAGUGUAUGUGCAUCAAACAGCAAACUUUGGUGUUGAAAAAUGAAGCUAAGCAGAAGUGCAAAAUCUGCAUACCUCAAUGGACAGAAAUCCACACUGAUGCCUUUACAUGAAACACAAAAGCAAACACGACCAUCAGCUUGUGUGAGGGGGGAGGCGUUACCUGGGCAGCUGUCAAAACUAAUUGUUUCAAGAAUAUAUUCACAAUAAAUCAUAACAGGUUGUUCAUUUUUGUCACUGUGGAGGACCAGAUAAGCUUGGACUGCUUUGUCCACAGGGGGCGCCAAAAUAACUAGCUGAAAAUUCCUCACAGGAGCUUGAAGAGUACAUUUAACAUGUUGUCCAAACAUUUCUAUGUUGAAAUGUACAAUAAUGUGAGGAAAUAUGAAAUCAAAUAUCAAAUCAUGUGGGGCACAUUUGCAAAAACACCUGGAUACAUGUGGCUAGAAUAAAUAACAUGUUUACAAAUUGAAAUAAUUUGAUAAAUGUGGUCAAAUGUGCAGUUAUGAUAAAGAAAUUCACAUGUUUUCUUUUAGGGGUGCAGCUGCAUUAUCGUCAUCCACAGUUGGAAACAUUUUUAGGUCCUGAUUUAUCCCUCUGUGGCCCUCGAAGGUGAAAUUAUUGUACCAUAUCACAGAUGCUGCUCUGAUUGGCUCCACUGCAUUUCCCAUCAUCAGGAAACAGCCAUCUUUCUGUGAAGAAGCAGCCUCAUUUCAGUUUCUGCAAAAUGCAGGCAGAUUUUUUAUGAGUUUGGGGAGCAGGCUGGAGAAAUCAGGCAUUUGAUUAAAAACCAGUGGCAAACAAAUGUGGCAGAGAGGCUGUAGAAUCUGUUCAGUGUUUCACCAUUUGUCGACAUUUAAAAUAGUUUUUAGGAAACAAAGGGAAAUUUCAUCAGAGAAAACUACAGGAAACAGAUGACUGCUGUCUUAUAUAACUUUUUCAAAAGACAAAAAUGUGAUAAAAGAAACCCUCAGGUGCAGGAAGAAGAGAAACGGAUCGCAUUUUGUGUUGUUGUUCAGGCUUUUAUUCUGAAAUCUGCUCUGCCAACUUGUACAUAGAACAGGUUAAAUCAGGGGUGGGCAGUCAUGUGUCAUGGCGAGCCAAGAGGCUGCAGGUUUUCUUUCCAACCCAAAACUCCACCAGGUGAUUUCACUGAUUAGUCCCUGCUCUCUGCUUGGAGGUAAAGUAAUCAGUGAAAUCACCUGGUGGAGUUUUGGGUUGGAAAGAAAACCUGCAGCCUCUUGGCCCUCCAUGGCACAUGAUUGCCCAACCCUGGGUUAAAUGAUGCUGAUUUUAAUAUGAAGUUAUUCAUAAAUGUCUCAUGAACCUGUUCAGAAUGUGCCAUGUUGACCAACUCGGAAAAUUUGUACUUGUGUUUCUUGUUUUUCCUCUUUUCAAAAAGUUUUGUGGUGUUCAUAAAAUUCAUUGAAAAAAUGAACGAGGCCUACCCUGGCUGCUGAACAUGUACUGUGAUUUUGUGUGACUGAGUUUAAAGCUUAGGUUGCGGUGAUAAUGUGGAUCUGUCUUUGUGCCGUAACUUUUGCUCGCUGGGUCAUGUCCCAAACGUCCUUUUGGUUCUAUGGUAUUUCACAUACCUUUAAACUCUUAUGUCAGUUUUUUUUAAAGGGGCCAUUUAUAUAUUUGAAAAGAAAAGGUGUAAAAACUGUACAAAAAAGUAUUUUUUGUCUUGAGCAACAAAUUCAUACAAAAACAGAAAAGGGUCUUUGAUAGAAAAUUUACCAAGCAUGAAGCAAGAUUCAACAGUAUUGGGGGGUCAGUUUAUUCAAUCAAACACGUCUGAGAUUUCUUAAAGGGCAGGCCUGUGCUGCUCUGGGAGGGAAAUGGUUAAUGUUUGCAAGUGUUACUGCUGCUCUUACUUGAAUAUACAACAAGAAGCUGCAGGAUGUGCUUUUUUAAAGAAUUCCCCCUGCAUAAGGAGGACGUUUUCUCAGGGGUGAAAAGAUGUAAGGCGGUCAAAAUCUGGAUGGUCCUCCUUCUAUGUUAUCAGCCCAUUAACUGGCAUAUGGUUAUCAGGGGUCACAUAAACCAAAAUCAAUAUUGUUUUCUAACAGCUUUACACUAUUCGCCCUGCUCACCACCAUGGCUACCAUGUGAUGCGGUAAAGAUGUCGACUACAACCAAUUAAUGGGCUGAUAACAUAUGGGAAUAAUAAAAAAAAAGUUCUGUUUGUUCAGCUGGAGAUAAAGGACUUUUGAUUACCCUUGGUUUCUGUUUGAUUUAUAACCAGCUUGUGUUUUAACGGGUGUGGAACUAUCCUACUGAAUCAGUGCCAAAGCUCAUUAGUGUUUCUUAUGUGUAGAAACAUAUGCUAACUCUUAAGAUGUGCUGAGAUGACAGAGAGAUGGAUUAGUUCAAGCUGUUCUGUUUGCAAAACUUUGCAAUCAAUGUGCCAUCUGUAAAUUCCUGUCAGCCUCAUGCUAACAAGUUUGUUGAUUGUUUUGGUAGGUGACGUCACAGGUCAACAGGUAGACAACCCAGUAAGAAGCUGAAAGAGGGCACUUUACACAGCAGAGGUGGACAUAAUCUAGUAGUCCAGUUAAAUCGGCUACUCUGGCUUUAACUGUAACUCGACUUACCAGAGCAGGAAAAUAUGCAAAUUGAAUUUUUCAUGACUUAUCUUUAGCUCAGCAGCUUGCGCACGGAUGCUGGUGUAAGUAGCAUUUAUACAACCUAUUUUCCCUGAUUUUGUCCCGAUUUUCUUAUCUGACAGGAACAAAUAUUAAAAUGAGAACUGCUGUCAAAUGAAUAUGCAGUCCUCUUCUGCCCUCCAUCAUCACUUCUGUUGAUAGAGGGCAGGAUAAGCUAAAACUAGACAUCUCUUUCUUUCUCCUUCUUUGUCAUGAUUUCUCUUCCUGUCAAACCACCGACAAGGAAACCAAUUUUGCUGAGUCCGAGCACAGUCAGAGUCCACUCAGGCAAAAAUAGAGAUACAGAGAUGUUGAGUCAUACCUUGGGGAUGCAGACCCUGAGGACACACACACAGGGCCAUAAAACUUUGGCUAUAAAAGCAUCAGACUGUACGGCUGUGAUGGUGAAACAACGUGACAAAGUCAGAUGCUGUGUACACUGGCAGUUAAUCUGAGUGGAUGGUGGAGCUGGUGAGUUGGUGAGAGCGGUAUCAGAGCCAAUGAAGCAGUCAGGAGAGGAAAUCAGGCUCAGUCUGAGUAUCGACUGGCACAUGUCAUAAGUAGACAACCCUCUACUGAGUAAGUUGUCCACUUAAAUUUUCUCAGUCAUCCAGAUAAUUUAAGUCAAAAGCAAUUUAAUGAAGCGUUUGUAGCCUUUCUCCCAAAUAGCUGCGUCUUUUGUUGUGGUUGGUCAAACUCAAGCAUCUUAUUGGACUGGCUGAUUGAGACCAAGCUGCUCUGAAUGCUUUAGAAAUUUAUACACUAAUCCUUCUCACUACAGCAGACCCCUGAACAUGUAACACGAUACCAAGGUCAGAGUAAACCAUGUUUUCCACUGGCCUGUUAAGUCACAUACCAAAACAAUCAACAAACAAGUUAGCUGGAUGCAACUGGUUUUAUGUUAAAUGGUAAAAGAACAGACAAUUUUACAGCUCUGUACCUUUUGCAUGCACUCUUAUUUUUUAGUAAAAAUUAAAUUGGCGUUAUAUCUUGGACUAAUUUCAAGGCAGACAGCAAUGCUAGCCUCCUUCAGUUAAUUUAUGCAGUAAAAUUUAGAUGUCAAAACCAAGUGUGUUAACUGUGGAAGCCUUUGCUACUUUGGGGCAGAUUUAGGUAUAUAAAUAAAAGAGAGUACUGAUUCUUAACCAUGAAAAAAAAAAAAAACGCAAUAUUGUGCCUGACAGGGUUGGUGCAUCAAGCACAAAGGUCCUGACCUUGCACGGUGCAUCUCUGAGAUGUACUUAUAUAUGUGGGAUGUGAGGCUGUUGUUUUGACCCCGGUUUGACCCUUUUUCAAAGAACAAGCUCACGCCUUCCAGCUGAAAACUGCACCUCAUUCAAAGUGGGAGCUAUCAUACACAGAUAUCCUGACAUCCUCUUACAGUUUUCUGUCUCAGUGACCAUGUGGGAGGCUUGUUCAUUUUCCGCUCGUAUAAUUAGACACAACUCCUUUGGGACCCUGAACACGCUGAAAGUAUCUGUGAGAGUUGUUUUGUAGUCAUAAUGGUUAAAGCUUGAAAGCAUUUAAUUAAUUCACUGUAAAAUCCUAAUUCUUUGAGACUGUGGUUUAGCUGUUUGAAAUUUGUACUUAAGCACCAGAAAUCAGAAUUUUUGAACUCAGAAUCAGAGCAGGGCAAGCAAGCAGAAAACUAGUUUUGUGUCUUAUUCAGGCAGGCAACAGCACAAAAACAAAAAUGAAAGGUCAGUUUGUUUGUUCUUUUUGUUUUGUUUUUAGCUCAAAGCCAUGCUUUGCUUCAAAAUUGGCACAAAAAUUACAUGAGAUUUGGCACUGAUUUCAAAGUAAGUGUUACGUCACCUGAUACAAGAAAAUCUGAGCAAUGACAACUUUGGCAACUUUCAUACUCGACACAUUUUGAUACCUAAAUUUGAAAAAGUGUCACUAAAUAUGAAGUCAUUUAGAUGUAAAAAUGUUCUCAACAUCUGUUUGAGUUUGCCCUCCAUUCCUGUUGUAAUUGUGUUUUUAAUUUAAUGCUCACUCCUGCCAAAGAAGUCAGGGGUGUCAGCAGCUGCUUAAUCACGACCAACCCCGCUCUCCAUCAUACCUAUUGCUUUUUUUUUUUUGAGACAUUUGGCACAGACGCAAAGUUCAGUGUUAAACUCCAGUAUUGAAUGUAAUAAAUUUGUACUUUCUGGUGCCUGUUGUGGAGAAAAAAAACUGUUUUUUCUUUGUGAAAUAUGGAUAAAUAACUGUGAAUUCUUUUGUUUUUGGGAUCUUAAGACUCUUUGUACCUUUGUAAAGUCUGCAUGUGAGUAUUUUGUGUACUAGCAUGUUUCUUUGUCGUGUCUGCAGCUACAUGUUCUUGAAAAAUGUUCAAAAAUUUUAACAAUUUCUUUUUAAGGACACAAAAGCUAAGCGCAGUUUUAUACAGGAGCUGAGAAAGCCACUUUUUUUAUACACAGUGUGGACGUAAAUGGUGUCCUUUUUAUUUGUGAAGGGCUACUCAUCACAUUAUCUAUUACCUCUGUGAUUGUCUGCACAAAAUACUGCUGCAAGGUUUUGAGUAUUAACAAAGACGUGUGAAUGCCACUGCUUUGUGGCGCUGGUGGUAUUAUGACUAAUUUCUUUGUACAUAAUGUAAUGUAAUUUACUAACAGAAAAAGGAGUGAGAAUUUAACCAUAUAGAGAUUUAAAGUGAUUAAAACUGUUGUGCCUGUAGGGAAAAAAGCAUCAGAGUCAGCUCAGUUGAACACAUACUGCAGCAGUUUUUGCCUGGAAUAAGGCAAUACAUGGACAAAUAAAAACUCACAUGUUCACGCUAAAAAUAAGAGAAACACUGUCAACGUGUUUAAAUUCUGCCUUUGUUGGAAUUCAUAGAGAAAAACAGCCCCACUUUGAACACACUAGCUAUUCUACAGUCUCAAGAUAUGGCACAUUUGAUUUCUUCACAGCCGCUUCUUUUGGCAGAAUAUUCAAUGACACACAUCUAUUUUUAUUUACUCUGCUAGCCUCAAGACUGGCAUAAAGCAGACACAUUUGAAAUAGAAGGAACAGGAUGCAAGAAAUAGAAAUGUACCAUUGUGUAAAGAAAUGCAUGUUGAGAUGUUCUGGUUUCUGUGAAUACUACAGCUGAGCUCUUUUACCAUGUUUCUGUAUCCGAACAGUUCAGAGUGGAUAACUGUGGCUGGUAACCAAAGAAAUGCAAGAGAUGGGUCUAUUUUCAACAGUCAUUUAUUUUUCAUAGGAAUCUUUUAGUUCUUUUACUCUGAGACGCACCAGUUUGAGUCCAAUGGUUGUGAAAUGUGAGAAAGUUUUAAAGGUUUCAACAGGUUCGUGUACCUUCACAUUACCGUAAAACUCAGUGUAGAAGUCACACCUUAUAUACGAAUUUUAUCGUUGCAAAAGUGAGCUGUUUCUCACACAAGUGCAACUAAUACAGCAGUUUAAAGCUCCUGUGAGGAGUUUUUGACCUUUAUGAAAAAGACCAAAAUCCAUGUUGAUACCUUUUUAUGAUAUACUUAAGCAAACAAGACCAUCACUGACAAGACUAGAGAUUUUUAAACUGCAAUUUUGGAUACCCGGUAUCUUUGCAAAGGGGUAGGUUUCUGCACAAACAUGUUGAAUACAAAAUGAGGCAGGCUGAUUUCAUUAGGUCAUAAUCAUGCAUUCAAACAGUGGCCUAUUAUGAUUCAAUUAAACCUUGUUGAGCACUGAUGUGAUUGGGAAGACUCCUCAUUGUGAGACAAAAAGCAACAAAUGGAGGUGUGUGGCAGGACUGUGGACAUAAAGGUCAGCUCUAUUGUGUUGUAAUGCUACUGUCGGUAAGAACUGUUUCUGUACAUCUGCAGAGUAGCUCCAAUUUUGCAUGCAGGAAGACCGUUCAAACUUUUUCCCCAUGAGAGACCCUCAAAUACAUGCUGUCUUACAUGCUGAUGUGACUUCUACUCUGGAAUUUACAGUUAUAUGGAGUGCAGGAUGAGUGCAGUAAACUAGAAAUAUGAUGCAAGAUUUGAAGUAGACAUGAUAGAUAAGCCUAUAGUAAUAGCUGAGAAAGAAAAAAAACAAGCCUGUGCCCUCUAUAAAACAGAUUUAAUGUUAAAGUAAAAACAACACCAGCUGCUAGCAUGAAAGGUAAAUGUGAAAUUACUAAAGUUGGUCUGAAAUAGGUUUGACAAUGUCAGUUAAUGAAUCAUACAGUCUAUUUACAAUCAGAACAUCAUAAAGUGCUUGACAUGACUCAUUUAAGACAAAUCCUAUGACACAACUCUGCAGAUCAGCUUUAAGCUACUUAAAAAAAAAAAUCUGAGGGUCAAUUUUUCUCCAUAAAAUUCUCCUGACAGCCUCUAAAUUUAAUCUCUAAUUGUAUCUGAUGUCCAGCAAAAGUUAAACAAACACUUGUGAUUUGUGAAGUUCUUUGUUGGAUAAACAUGUUUGUCUUUUUUCCUGGUGUUUCUAGUAAAGAUGUUGCAGACUAAUAAGAGUAAUUUAUCUUUGGUGCUUUUAUUUUUGGAAAGAGGUAUUUUUUCUAUCAUGAUCUGUGAAACUGUGCAUAUCUCUUAGUGAUAUAGUUCAUACAACUGUGUGACAUUUUCAUCUUUAGCAUAAAGAGGUUUGGGGCGGUGUUCACUUAGGGUGAUUUUAUGCUUACAGCGACCUUGAGUUGAAUUUCAGAGCACUUCUCACUGAGGUUUACUGUCGCAAUGGUUACAAAAGCUGUCCUGGGACACACCGACUGUCAGGUUUUAUUUUUGUUAAACACUCUGUAUGUUUCAUAUUUGCUCUCAUUUGGUGGCAUUUAAAAAUGAAAUGUAAAUGUUAAGGCGCUGACAAAACCUGAAGCUGAAGCUUCAGACAGUAAAACAAUGAACUGCACUUGCUUGAGCAGAAAAAAACGAGUGAACACAGCCUCUGAUCCUUAAGUUUUGGGGGGUUUUGGUCUCUGAAAAAAGAAGCAAAGUUUUGUGUCGGAAAUCACUCACUGUUCAGAGUCUUAUUUGUUCUCUUCAUAAUAAAUUGCUGUGUGGUGCAGAAUUUCUCUCCCUUGAGCUGGGGCUGCUUGAUUAACAUGAUUAUUUAAAUAUAUUACUGAUUGAUUUGGUAACAUUUGCAGUCAUUAUAUAAAAACUCAACACACUGAAACCCUCACAACACACAUAUUUGAACUCAUCUUAACCAGGGUCAAGACUGAUGUUGCUUAUAGUUUAGCCCGGCCAUCGUCAGCUUGUUAUUGAAACUACAGCCUCUCUCUCCUCAUGAGAGUUCCUCUGUUCCUCUGCUUUAUGAACACACACCUGCCCCUCCUUCUUUCCUCCCUAGCAGUGCUUGCUGCUCUCCUGUCUUUAACUGUUGCUGCAUGAUGGUUUGCUUGAAUAAAGCAGUCCCUAUAUGAGAUAUUUUUGGUGCAGCAUCUUUGCACUCUUAAACCUUGUUGCUGUGCUCCUGACAGAGGAGGUGUAUGGCAAUUAGGCAGUUAAAUUGGAUCACCCCAGUCUACAAGCACCAGGCAACAAUCAGUCUAUUAACAGAAUGAUGUCUGCCACCACUACGCUAGGCAAUGAGCUUUCUUUACGCAUAUUAAUGUUAUUGUUAUAUUUCAUCGUUGCCAUGGAGCUCUAGGAGACAGUUGCCUGUUAAGUAACUCUUCAGAGUUGAGUGCUUUGAACCUCUUUUCUAACCUUCCAGCAAACAAUUGCCAUGUUUGCUGUUGUCACAAACUUUGACUUCUUCUUCUUCUCUUUGGAGUAGCUUUUGAGUCUGAGUGGCCUCUCUAGGGAUAUACUCAACAUGUAUUAUCUUAAAGGGAAGCACAGAAAACAAUGUUAACUUUACAGCUCUAAACCAGUUGAACAUACAAUAUGACUGCUUUGUCUAUUUGAGUUCCUUCCUCUAUCAAGGUUUACUAGCAAACUUGCUAGCCACGCAUUCUUGCUAUAUAUAUAUAUAUAUAUAUAUAUAUAUAUAAACAGUAUAUAUAUAUAUAUAUAUAUAUACACUACAGGCCAAAAGUUUGGAAGCAAGGCCAUUACAGGCUAAACAGUUCGGAGUAACCUCAAGUCUUUGUUCACAAUGCUUUGUUUAAAAUCCAGCAUGAGUUUCAUGUAUUUUGGGAUGUAUUUACUUCAUGAUCAGAUGUUGCUUUCAUGGAAAUGCACCAUUUUACUCCAUUUACCUUUAGAUAUACAUUGGUGUAAACAUUGCUAAAUAUAUGUCAGCAAAAGAAAACAAGGGCUUAGUUGUAGGGUCGAAAACAUUUGCAAGAGUAACAACUUCUGUGCAAAAGCAAAAAAAAAAAAAAUCACAGUUGGAUAAUACACUUCAACUUUUUGGCUUUUGAGAGUCUGCAAACAAAAAUCCUAAUAAAUCUCAACUGCAUCAAACUACCGCAGAAAUGGCUAGAAAGAAGCAACUGAGUAAAGAAACAAAAGUACAGAUUUGUACAUUGAGGAAAGAAGGAUACACAGAAAGAGAAAUUGCAAAACGCCUAAUGGUGUCUAACAAAGGAGUCCACUACACUCUGAAGAGAAACCUGGAAGUUAUGAUGAUAGAAAAAGACCUGGACAAAAGAAAGUUACUGCAAAAGCAGAGGAUAAAUAUAUCAUUGUCCCCAGUAUGAGAGAUCGGCAAACGACAGCACCACAAAUAAGGGAGGAGAUCAACAUUACAAGGUCGAAACCCGUAUCUGGUCUGAACUGAAGGGUUGUGUAUCUGCAAAAAAACACUACUUUGUCCACAGAAUAAGAAAAAGAGAUAUGAGUGGGCAAAAGCUCACAAAAAUUGGACUUAUGAUGACUAGAAACAAGUUUGCACUGUUUGGUUCAAAACGCAGAGUCUAUGACCGCAGACAAACUGGUGAACGUCUGAAAGCACCAUGUGUUACACCCACAAUUCAGCAUGGAGGUGGUAGUUCCAUGGUAUGGGGAUGUUUUGCAGGUGAUGGAGUAGAAGAUUUGUUUAAAGUAAAGGGUAUCAUGAAGAAGGAACAGUACCACUCUAUCCUCCAGCACCAUGCUGUUCCAUCUGGACGCAGACUUGUGGCUCAUAAGUUUGUUUUGCAGCAAGACAAUGACCCUAAGCACUCUGCCGAGCUCUGUCAGGGUUACCUAGACAAAAAAGAAGAGGAUGGUGUUCUUCAAAGAUGGUUUGGCCUCCUCAGUCUCCAGACCUUUUUCAAUUGAGCUUGUGUGGGAUGAGUGGGAUCUAUCAGUCAGAAAAGCACGUCCCACGAAUCAGCAGUCUCUUUUUAAUGAACUUAAGAAAGCUUGAAAUGCAAUCCCUGGAACAUACCUUAAAUGAAUGCCUGGUAUAUGCCAAGCUGUUGUUAAAGCGAGAGGAGGUUACUUUAAAGAAAGCAAAGUCUAAGCAACAAUAACUCAUAUACCUAAUAAUUAUAGUCAUAAUGUCUUCUGAUAAGUUACACUUUACACAAUAGUCAUGUUUAUUGUGUUGCAAACUAUAUUAAUGAAACUAUGACCCUUUUUUGUACAAAUCUGAUUUUGCUUCCAAACUUCUGGCCUUUAGUGUAUAUUUAAACUACAUGGUUAAGACCUGUUUUGGGGGCUCUUUUUACCACACACAGCAGGCAGCACAGUGACUUCAUCUCAAUGAUUUUUUUUUCCAUGAUCAUAGGAAGACUAUGUCAUAAUUAAAAAGAGAUAAUCAUUUGAGCCAUUACUUACAUGCUUUUCACAGAGGACUGCAAUGUUCCCCACACAGUUUUAAAUUAAUUUAUACUUAAAAAAAACUAACAAAAAUGCAUUUCAGUGAAGGCAGUGUUUGACUUCUGACACCACUUUUGAGGUUGUUGAUGUUUCCUUGCUUUUUCCUUCAUGUGCCAACCUGAAAACUUUGAUUACCGCUUUUCUUUAUUUUGAUAUUUACACUUAGUUAUAAUCGUACUCUUAGCAGCCAGAUCAAGAUACCCCUGCUAAAACCCUUCUUGAUCCUCUGUAGCUUCUUGUAAAAGUCCCCACGUGUUGUGACAUAAUUAGGCUUGCUGCUGCUUGUGUAACAAACAUGAAGUGUUACAGAGAGAGGUAUUGAUUUAAUGGUAUUACAAUGGUACUUAUGAAAACCAUGUUCAUAAAUGUCUCUUGAGUGCCCCUGUUCGAGUUUGUUUUAUGCUCCUUUCAGCUGCUUAACAUGCAGAGUACAUUUCAAUUUUCAGAUUUCUGUAUGAAGGGUUUCGACCCAUUGUGCUGGUUCAGUGUAUAUUUUCUGAAGGACCACCGUACAGAAUCCAUGAAAAGGCUUAAGUGGUUUCAUUUAUUCCUUCAUGUCUUUGGAGACACUUAAACUUCAUGGAUAGAUAAGUCUGCCCUAUUGAGUUCUAGCAUCAAAGUUUUCCCAAUAAUUGCACCUCUAGACAUUAGGUAACACGUUUCUCACCUAAGGUCACUGUAGAGGAACAAGUAGUUUUUCUAUAAGACAAGAGGUUUCAUGGCCACUCAGUGCACUUUUUGUUCCCAUUAUUGUGUCUAGAGGUCUGGAUCGAUCGGGGGAAAAUGCGGUUGUUUCUGUGCUUUUUAACUAUUGUCAAGCUCAUUUCUGUCUUGCCUUUUGUGUCAAGAGAAAAUACAAUGUGCCCAAACAGUGAGAGGGGGCUCAGUUGUGUUCUUGUGAACAACAAAUGUCAAACAAUAAAUUAUGAAGUGCUAAAACCUU